CACUGCGCACGCGCCUACCAAGGCAGGACAGCCUCGCGCACGGACAUCGCGCGUACGCAGUAUGGGGGUAGGGAGAUCUGAUGGUCCCUUUCACCAUAGACACAGUGUAAGCAGUGUUUAGGCAAUACAGUCACAGUGUAAGCAGUGUUUAGGUGAUUGUCACAGUGUAAGCAGUGUUUAGGCAAUACAGUCACAGUGUAAGCAGUGUUUAGGUGAUAGUCACAGUGUAAGCAGUGUUUAUGCAAUACGGUCACAGUGUAAGCAGUGUUUAGGCAAUACAGUCACAGUGUAAGCAGUGUUUAGGUGAUUGUCACAGUGUAAGCAGUGUUUAGGCAAUACAGUCACAGUGUAAGCAGUGUUUAGGUGAUAGUCACAGUGUAAGCAGUGUUUAUGCAAUACGGUCACAGUGUAAGCAGUGUUUAGGCAAUACAGUCACAGUGUAAGCAGUGUUUAGGUGAUUGUCACAGUGUAAGCAGUGUUUAGGCAAUACAGUCACAGUGUAAGCAGUGUUUAGGUGAUAGUCACAGUGUAAGCAGUGUUUAGACAAUACGGUCACAGUGUAAGCAGUGUUUAGGUGAUAGUCACAGUGCAAGCAGUGUUUAGGCAAUACAGUCACAGUGUAAGCAGCGAUACGGUCACUUGUUACUUACCUUCCAGGACCUGGCUGUGUUAGUUACCUUCCAGGACCUGGUCUUGUUACUUACCUUCCAGGACCUGGCCGUGUUAGUUACCUUCCAGGACCUGGCUGUGUUACUUACCUUCCAGGACCUGGCCGUGCUACUUACCUUCCAUGACCUGGCAGUGUUACUAACCUUCCAGGACCUGGCCGUGUUACUUACCUUCCAGGACCUGGCCGUGUUACUUACCUUCCAGGACCUGGCUGUUACUUACCUUCCAGGACCUGGCCGUGUUACUUACCUUCCAGGACCUUGCUGUGUUACUGGCCUUGCAGGACCUGGCUGUGUUACUUGCCUUCCAGGACCUGGCCGUGUUACUUACCUUCCAGGACCUUGCUGUGUUACUGGCCUUCCAGGACCUGGCUGUGUUACUUGCCUUCCAGGACCUGGCCGUGUUACCUUCCAGGACCUGGCUGUGUUACUUGCCUUCCAGGACCUGGCUGUUGAAAUUUGAUAGAACACCCUGGCUGGGUGGGCGCAUGCGCAGUGUGGUGCAGGGAGAUCGGAUGAAUGCUCCAUCUGAGCUCUCCCUGCCCGCUGGUGCGCACGCGCCGUGUCCGAUGGGAGUACUUAGUGGCUCCUGGCGCAGGCGCAGUGUGUCCCGGUCGCGCACGCGCAUUAGGCAGCCUCUUCUCCCCAUACUGUGGAUAAAACCUUCGCCUACUUGUCCUUCUGCGUCUGCGCUCCUCCUCCGCCAGCUGUGAAACGUCAUUUCCGGUGUGGCGCGUCACAGGAUCUGAGGAAGUUUGUACCUCUGAGCUUGCUGUAUCCCUGCUCGGUUGUCAUGGGGACGGGAAUGAGUGACAGAUCCGGUUUUGAGGAAGUUUGUCCCUCUGCGCUUGCUGUAACUCAGUGUGGUUGCCAUGGCUACACCCUAUGCAUCUUAAUCUGAGUUUAUUUUUCCGGCGCUAAAUUUGAAAGCGAUUUACUAACAGGCGAAGCCAUGGUGUUCAGUGAGUAUUACUAUAAAUAAUAAUAUAAUCCCUUGUCAGUCGGUGAUCCUGAUAUCAGCUUAACCCUCAGCCAGCCAGUCCCCCCUACAGCUGUUAUACAGGGCAUUUAUCAUGACCCUCAGCCAGCCAGCCCCCCUACAGCUGUUAUAAAAGGCAUUUAUCAUGACCCUCAGCCAGCCAGCCCCCCUACAGCUUGUUAUAAAAGGCAUUUAUCAUGACCCUCAGCCAGCCAUCCCCCCCCCACAGCUGUUAUAAAGGGCAUUUAUCAUGACCCUCAACCAGCCAGUCCCCCCCACAGCUGUUAUAAAAGGCAUUUAUCAUGACCCUCAGCCAGCCAGUCCCCCUACAGCUGUUAUAGAGGGCAUUUAUCAUGACCCUCAGCCAGCCAGUCCCCCUACAGCUGUUAUAAAAGGCAUUUAUCAUGACCCUCCGCCAGCCAGUCCCCCCCUACAGCUGUUAUACAUGUCAUUUAUCAUGACCCUCAGCCAGCCAGUCCCUCUACAGCUGUUAUAAAGGGCAUUUAUCAUGACCCUCAGCCAGCCCCCUCUACAGCUGUUAUAAAGGGCAUUUAUCAUGACCCUCAGCCAGCCAACCCCCUCUACAGCUUUUAUACAGGGCAUUUAUUAUGACCCUCAGCCAGCCAGCCCCCUCUACAGCUGUUAUACAGGGCAUUUAUCAUGUCCCUCAGCCAGCCAGCUCCCUCUACAGCUGUUAUAAAAGGCAUUUAUCAUGACCCUCAGCCAGCCAGCCAGCCCCCUCUCCAGCUGUUAUACAGGGCAUUUAUCAUGACCCUCAGCCAGCCAGCCCCCUCUACAGCUGCUAUAAAGGGCAUUUAUCAUGACCCUCAGCCAGCCAGCCCCCCCCACCCCUACAGCUGUUGUAAAUGGCAUUUAUUAUGACCCUCAGGCAGGCCUCUGGCUUUGCUUUAGCUGUUUUCUAAUUUUCCCAUUAUGCUGAGCCAGCUAUUCUCGCCUGCACCUGUUAUGGUUUGCCUUUCCCACAACUCUCAGCCAGCCAUGCUCCUGCAGCUUGUGCUAAUUCUUCAAAUGGUACUGAGGCAGGGACUUGUCCUUGCACCUGUUAUGGUUUGCCUUUCCCACAACUCUCAGCCAGCCAUGCUGCUGCAGCUUGUGCUGAUUCUCCACAUGGUACUGAGUCAGGGACUUGUCCUUGCACCUGUUAUGGUUUGCCUUUCCCACAACUCUCAGCCAGCCAUGCUGCUGCAGCUUGUGCUGAUUCUUCACAUGGUACUGAGGCAGGAGCCUGUCCCUGCACGUGUUGUGGACUAUAUUUAUUUGAUUCACACUUACAGGGUUAUUCACUAAAAGCCAAAUUGAAGGUAACUGAAAUCCAAGUGGCAAAAUUCAGAUUGAAAGCCAGACUGUGUUUAUAUCUGCGCUGGAGAGAAUGUUACCAUUCAGAUUCCAAUUUGCUCCAAUUCUGAAUUAGGUAAAUAAACCAUCUAAUUAUUUGGAUGACUAAGCAUGAUGGGAAAUGUUGUUUAAAACAGCUGCAGGGGCAGAAGGCAGCCUAUCCAGUGGAAGGGAGUUGUAGUAUUAGAACAGCUGAGGACUUACCGCUGAGCCACCUGCACCCAGCAUAACCUUUGUUGUUCGAUAUUUACCACAGUAUUUUAUUAUAAUUUAUGUCAUCCCUAUGCAAUAAAAACACCAAAAUAAAUUCUUACUGACGUUACGUAGACUAUGUUAAUAUCAGUAUAAUAAGUGGGAACUACUGAGAUUAAUUGCUUGAGUUAAUUUCACCAACAUGGGAAUUCCAUACUCUAAUUGAGCCAUGGGACAGGGGGAAAGUAUCUGGCAACAUUAGGUGGACACAUUAUGGUGCUUAGCCUGUAAGGGCCAUUAGCUUACUCUUCCCUAAUCUAACAUUUUCUGCUGAAAAUACACCACUUAUUUAGAUUGCACUCCAUGAGAACAUCUGUAAGGAAGAUGGAAGUACGGCUUGGAGCAUAGAGGCCUUAUAAAUAAUAACCGUGUUCCUUUAUUAAUGUAUGUUUAGCACUGUUAUCUUAUUUCAUUCUGCUAAACAAUAUUAAACGAAUGUAUGCUCAGAUUUCACUAUUCUGGUAUGUGGUCCACCAGGCCCUUAUCUGUGGCCAGUGGUAGGAAGCUUUAAAAAGCAAGGGAGGGAAAAUAAGAGUUAAGCAGUAACGUAUUACAAAAUAUAUACAUCUGGAAAUAAGGAAGGGGUAAAUAAUGAGGAAGGGGCACAAAUAAAAAAUUAAAGCAUGUGGUUAAAUAAAAAGAAAAGACAGGGAGGGAAUGUUAGAAUAAAAAGGGGAGGGGUGGAAUAAGAAUGUGAAUUUCAACAGAAGACAUAAAAAGGCAGUGGAGAGAAGGCAGAUAUUUAUGGAUUAGUCUUUCGUGUCUGGACCUCAGUGUGGAGUCCAACUCCUCACUCCCAGCUGAUCUGUCCAAACAGAUCUCUCCAAAUAUGUUGGACAGCAGUGAUGUGGAGGGAUCAUUCGACCAUUGAUCUUUGUAGAAAGGAUCAAACAAGAUUAAAACAUAUUAAAUCUAUACAGUUUGUUUUGCUGGUAGAUGUUGUUUCCUGUUUAGGGGGCUGUAGAAAUACAGAUGAUGAAGUAUGCAUAAUGUCACAAUAAUAAUAUAAGCACGUUACACCAUUUAGACCUCAGUGUUGUUGCUCAAAGAAACGUAUUGUUUUCCAUGAUCAUUGGGCUUCACCUUUAACUCCUUCAUUUAUUUGAUUAAUGCACUUUUAUGUUUCCAUGCAUCUAAGUUCUAUACAGAUGGGGAGGUUAAGAGUUUUAAUAGAAGUGCCUUAAAGGGUUUAAUAUACCGGAUCUGACACCUAGUCACAAACCUAAUCAUGAUUUGCCUAAUAUACGGGAACAUACAUUGUUUGUUACCCCUGUAACUGCAAUUUAUUAAAUACAGUUUUAAAUAUCUAUGUACCUUGUAAAAGUAACAUUGUUUCAUUCAGUCACAGAAGAUUUGAUCAGGAGGCGAGCGGAACACAACAACUGUGAAAUAUUUUCCUUGGAGGAAAUCGCUCUCCAUCAGCAAGACUUAGAACGGAUUGAACACAUAGACAAGUGGUGUAAAGAGUUAAAAAUCCUGUAUCUACAGAACAACCUCAUCCCGAAAAUAGGUAUGAUGCUUUUAUUUCUACAACUUAUAUGUAUAAUUUGAAGGGCACCUUUAACCCCUUAAGGACCAAACUUCUGGAAUAAAAGGGAAUCAUGACAUGUUACACAUGUCAUGUGUCCUUAAGGGGUUAAGGCCUAGAACUUGGUGAUUGGAACUUCGGAUGCCUUGAACAGUGUAUUUAUUUAUAAUAUCACAUUAUCAUACUGGCUGAUAUUUUCCUUUCCUGGUAAUAUACCAUGACAGGACUUACAAGUUGGCUUGUAUCCUUAAAACCCUAUUGGACAGUAACAUGUCCCCAAAUUAAUAGAAGGCUGCCACCUUCCAUUUCCCCCUCAGUCAGUUUCAAAGUCCAACCAACUCAAAAGGAAAUCUGGAGCGAAUACACAGUGCUGCCACGGCAUAUUACUAAGAAAGGAAAAUAUCAGUAGGUAUGAAUUUUCCUGUUUUGUGGCGAUAUCCUUGGCAUAAGAUCAGGGUGGGCAAUAGAGAGGCAUACAAAGAAUAGUACGGCAAAAUAACGUUUAUUGUAGAAAUAGUUAAGACGUAGCCAAGCAUUAACCACUGCUGUGCCAAAAGCACUAUCCAUGGAGGACCUGACUUCCAGACCGUAGUGUUUCACAAAUGUGGAGAUAUUGGACAAGGUCGCAGCUUUACAGAUUUGGUCUGGAGUAAAUGCCAGCUGAACAAAAUAAUGAUAAUGCCUUAGUAGAAUGAAUGUGUAAUCUGGAGGUACCAGAACACUCUCUUUUUCCAAAUUUUUCCAAAUUUUCCAAAUCUGCUGAAUUUCUAGGAGAGGAGUUUAAUGUGGGAAGCACAGUGUCUGGAUUAAUGUGGAAAGAAGAUAACACCUUUGGUUAAAAUUCUGUAAGAGUGCUCAAGACUACCCUAUCCAUGUUAUAAGGAUCUGUGCAAGAGAGCUGCCAAUUCUGAUAUCCUGCAUUCAAAUUCCAAGGCCACCAGAAGGGCUGUCUUAUGGCUGAAGAAGAAGAGUGAAACUUACAAGGGUUGCUUGAGAAACUUGGGCCUUGAGAGUAUAAUAAAUGAGCCCCUUAUCGACACCAUCGUGAAAAUAAUUUAAGACAAUCGAGGAAUUAUGGAGGUAGUAUUCACCUGCUGCUUAGAUGCUGAAAAUAUUUCCCCGCUACGACAGUAUGCUGACGAAGUCAAAACCUUCCUGGCCUGCAAGAGAGUGUUGAUAACUGAGUCUGAGAAACCUUUAUCCAUCAGUCUCAUCCUCUCAAUCUCUAGGCCUUCAGACGUAGCUUCUCUGGAUCUGGCUGAACCAGUGGGCCUUGAACUAGCAGAUCCCAAAAUCCUGACAGGGGUUCCAACACCAAUAGCUAAAGCAGGAGAGCAAACCAGGGUACCCUGGGCCACAAAGGUAGCACCGCAAGAACUUUGAUCUGUUCCUGUGAGAUUUUCUGCAGGAACCAAAGAAUCAGAGGCAAGUGAGUUAAUAUACAGCACUUCCUGAGCCUCCAGUGAUAGGAGAGUGCAUCUAUCCCUUCUGCUGAAGGGAUACUGAGGUAGACAUGCAAGGGGGCAGCUUUUUCUUAAUUUGGGGGGCACUUUACUGUCCAGGUGGUUUUAGGGGAGGAUAUAAAUCCACUUGUAAGUGUUACCAUUGAUAUGGCUGGUAAUACAAUUUUCUUUACUUCCUAUUUAACAAUACUCCUUAAUUCUGGUGUGCCUUUCUUACCAGCUCCCCUCCAGAUUCCAGCUCCCAGAUUUCCCCCACACUUAAAAGUAUUCAACAUCGAAUGUGUGCACCUACUAGAUUUCUUUUAAAAGAUAGUGUAAGUCCAUGCCUUGCCUAUUUGUAUGCAUAUGGACGACUUGGCACAUUCACUCAAUGUAAAGAUUGAUGUCUGAGCUUAAAACCACCAUCGAGCUAUGUAACAGGGUUUGAUGCACCUUCUAUUUAUCAAGCAUUCUGAAACCCCUGUUAAUGCAACAAAUGCAGUCCUUUCAUUUGUUUGACCGCCAAGCCAAAUUGACUUUUUCUCUUUCUUCACAGUUUACUUUCUAUAUUGGGUAGACAUAUAUUUUUAUUAUUAUUAUUAUAGCUCUUUAUUUUCAAGAUUAAACAUUUGAUACUGAAAGAAAAGACUUUGAUAACAAUAUGUGAUGUGACCAUUAGAAAGAGGUAUAUCUGGAGAUGAGCUUAUACGUCCAUUAUGUCACGAUUCAGGAUGCUCCUCUGGAUUAUUAAGCUAAUGGUUGCAUUUAAACCAGACUUUGUAGGAAGUGUCAGUUUCUGAAUAGGAUUGCAGCCCCCAUAUGGAAGAAGCUAUCUAAUUUUUAUUAUUAUUUUUUUUAUAACAAACGAAGUGGGGCAGUAAUUUAAACUAAAAUAGAACACUCUCUAAUAAUAAAUAUAUAUAUUUAUUUUUAAUGUUAGUGUUCCUGAGAAACAAAAACCUAAUACAUUUUCAUAUAUAAAUAUGGUUUUCUCUAAAAUUAAACUGACCUUUUUAGAGUCACUCAACUAAAGCAUAAAAUGAAUUUUCCCUGACUUAUAAAAAAGUAUAUAUUUAUUUUUUUGCUCCCAAUUUAAAUAAAUUAUGUAUUAGGGAAAAUUGCAGUGACUAUGCCAGCUCUAGCUAACAACCGGUUACUCCACUUAUUGUCUGCCAUAUUUAUCCGAUAUUUUUUAACAGCGCGUCAUGGGAAAAUAUAGUCUAAAAUAUCUGUGCUGCCAUCACUGGCCAAGGCUUUGGUGUUUAUUAGAAAUUGUGUUUUUCAAAAUACAUUAUAAAAAUGUUGCAUUUGUAGAAAAUUAUUGUUUUUGGAUUUCAGAAAAUGUGAGCAAACUCAAGAAACUGGAAUAUUUAAAUUUGGCUUUAAACAACAUAGAAAAAAUUGAAAACUUACAAGGUAAGUACAUUUUACAUUUCUAAUCACAGCUAUUGUAUAAAUAACCAUGCAUAACCUACUACUUUAAUAGCAAUAUUUCCUUUAUAGAUUGACCUGUUAAAUUUUUUCAUUAAAGGUUUCGUUAAUUAUCGCUACCAGCUGACUGCCUUUUGGUUACCAGUUGAAAUCAGCCAAAUUUCUUAUAAAUUUGCUAAUUCAGCUAUUCCCCAACAGCUGUAUAGAAAUGGAAUUCCCUUCAUUCGAUUUAUCACAUUCCCCUGACAUAGACCAGAGGAAUCGCAAUCCAAACUCUAUUUCCCUAACUUAAAGCACCGUGUACACAAAACAAAUUGAUUUAACUCCUAAAUGGAAACAGAGCUGAGCAGAGAGUGAUACUGCAGGGGCACGAUCUCUAUACCAAAACCACCAAGUUUAUGUUGUUUUGGUGCUUAGAGGGUCCCUCUAAUUCUAUUCAACUCCCAUUAAACUUUUAACAAUACUCCAAGCCCAAAUCCCUGUCAGCAAACCUUACUUUUCUAUUUUAUUUUUUUAUAGCAAGGACAUUUUGGUAGAAGUUUGGUAAAGCUAUGUUUACUUUAAUAUCACUCAUGUAAUGAGAUCAUUUUGAAAAUAGCAGGGACACACUGGCUCAGUGCAGUUUCAGCUAGGCUGAUGAAACUCAUCAGCAAGAUUUGCAUAGAUGAGAGAGCAUAAAGAGCAUAGAGAGGAGAGACACAGAAACAAUGUUUAUUUUUUUCUUUCGACUAUCUAAUGUAGCUGUGCCUGGACUAAAUUUGAUUGGGAUGGCAAUUGCUAAAUCCUUAAAGGGACACUAUAGUCACCAACACCAUUAUAGACUAAUGUAGUGCUUCUGGUGUCUACAGUGUGUCCCUGCAAGAUUUUCAAUGUAAACGCUGCCUUUUCAAAAGGCAGUGUUUACGUUACUGCUUAGGAACACUUCUAGUGGCAGUCACUCAGAGAGCCACUACAGAUGCUUCCUAGUCCAGUACCUCACUGUGGGCAGUAAUGGCGUUGAGCGUCUCCACACUCUUCAUGGAGGUACUGAACGUUCCCAAUAGAGAUGCAUUGAUUCAAUGCAUGUCUAUAAAUAAAUGCAAAUUGGCGCAGUGUGGCAUUUGUCCGCACAUGCACAAUAUCCUCUCAAUGCUUUUCAAUGGGAAAGCAUUUGAUUGGCUGAGAUCAUCAAGAUUGAUGAUCGCAGGCAUGGAGGUGGGACCAGCCACGAUGAGGGAGAAAAGGUAAGUAAACUAAUUUACUUAGAGAGGGGUGCAAAGAUCCUGUCCUUUUAAACCUGCAAUGUAAGACAUUUCAGUUUUGUAGAAACAACAAUGUUUACAUUGCAGGGUUAAAUCCACCUCUAGUGUCUGUCUUCCUGACAGCCACGAGAGGCGCUUCCACUAAACUGACGUUGCAGAUCAUAGGAAAGCAUUGAAUUCUAUGCUUUCCUAUGGGAAGCAUUUAAUGUGUCCGUAGCACUUAGCAGCACAUGUGCAUUAGGUCACCAGUGCUCCUCUUUGUUGAGCAUUUGAUUAGACCACAGAUAAACAAAGGAAUGCCUACUCAAUAACGAUGUGGGAGGUCAUUAGAAGAGAAGCACUGAAGGAGUCUACAAAAACAUUGGUAAAAAGCUUUUUUUUUUUUUUUUUUUUUUUAUGAUUUGUAUGACAAACCAGGUGCGGGGAGGGGUGAAUCUAUCUAGGGACAGGGGCACUAUAGCUUUAGGAAUACAGGUUUGUAUUACAAAUGCUAUAGUGUUCCUCUAAUCUACAUGUAAGAGAAGAUAGAGUAUCACAAUAGUGUAGCUUUCCUAUAAGAAGCAUUCGAUGGGAUGCGUGCGUGGCUCUCACCGUGCAUCACCUCACCCAAAUGCUCCUACAUGAGGAGCACUGGAUUGGACCAUCACAGAGAAAGUGAUGCCUCCAGGAUGACUUCACAGGAGCGGACAGCAGCACCUCAGAAGCCACCGUGCUGGAAAAAGGGCAAGUAAAACAAUUUUUAUUGCAGUUAGGAGAAGACUUUAAAUUAAAUAGGUUCUAGGGCACUAUAGCGUUGGGAAAACGUGUUUAUAUUCCUAAUACUAUAGUGUUCCUUUAAUAUAUUGGUGCUUCGUAAAUAAAUGAUUAUACCGUUCAUGCUUCCAGGUUACAUAUUUCAGCAAUUUCCUCAUGGAAGUUUUUGCAGUGCUUUCCCUCCGGAAUUUGCGCAUUCCCUGAGGAUCUGUAAUAUUACUCAUACAUGUUUCAUAGUGUUGGAUUGUGUAUUUAAAGGGAAGUUAUAAACUAGACUAAUUUAUCUCUGUAGUAUUUCCUGCCACAACACUUCAAACUGUGCAAUAUCAAUCAUCUGAUCCAAGUGAAUAGAGUGAGCUAAACAGAUUUUGAGCAGAGCAGCGGUAUUGAAGACUGAAUGAGAUGUACUCUUUCUUAUAAUAUAUAAGAAUAUAUAAGAAUAUCUCCCUCUCCGUCUCCCUCUCCCUCUCUCAGCACUCUGGAGGAGAUUUAUCAAAGUGUUGCAGAAUAAUCUCCAGCUUUUCUGUGAAUUCUUUCUGGUGUAAAUUGUCUUUUUAAACAUUCCAUCAUUUUUUCUUUUGUGUUAUGUUUUAAUAUUUACACAUAUUUGUACUGAAAAGUAAUUUAUUUUGCUGGCAUUUUUUACAUCACUUUUAUUGUGGCAUAAAAUAAGCAGUAUUAUUCGUGGUACAUAAUUGUUGAGGUGCAAAAUCUGUCUGAAUAAACAAAGAAGAAAUCCAGGCUACUUUUAAGACACAUAAGUCAGUUGGAACAUGAUUUUGAAUCUUUAAAAACUAAAAUGUUUAAAACAAAUUAAAUCUUUCUUUCAGCAUUGGAAAUAAUUUUGAUCGCAUAAUCUAUUUAUUUUACUCAAUGAAGGAAGCUGACCUUAUCACAACAAUAGUAAUAGUUAUACACAAUUCAACAUUACGGUAAUCAACUCCAGUAUAUACCUUCCAACACAUCAAAAAGCCAAAAAGGAGUGUUUUUCUUUUAGGGUGUAGACAAGAGGGGAUGGUAAUGAGAUUUAUUUUAGGUGUCUUCAUGAAUUAUUAAUAGCAAUUUAUGAGACUGAAAAUGGUUUUCAAGUUCUAAAAACUUUGCAGUGAGAACUUUUAUUUACUUUUGGGCAGACUAGAUGGGCCGAAUGGUUCUUCUCUGCCAUUACAUUCUAUGUUUCUAUGUUGCUUAUAAAAACCAAGCCUUUCGACCUUACAGAAAGGAGGGACAAAGGUAUUUGUUCCCCCAAAUUGAGAAGUAUUUGAUGGCAAUAUUGCUAAUUAAAUUAACCAUUUAACGAAUAUAACAAGUCUUCAGACUCUGUGUUAAGAGGUGUAAACACUGUGAAAACCGUAAGUGAACUAGGUGAGACUAAAGGAUAUGAAUAGUUUUGUGGGGAGAGCUUGUCUCUCUACUGUGUUUUUGAAUUAGGUACGUUGCUCCAUGUGCUGGUCCAUUCCACUGUCCUUUCUCGCCUUGACUACUGUAAUCUGCUUCUCAGUGGUCUUACGUGCUCCCAACUUGCGCCGUUACAGUCCAUAAUGAAUGCAGCGGUGAGGCUCAUCUUCCUGUCCGCCCGCACCUCCCACGCCUCAUCUUUCUGUCAGUCUCACUCGCUUCCCUCCUCUGUUAGAUGCUCACCCAGUCUCCACUCCUUCAAAAAAUCAUUAAAAACCCACUUCUUCAUAAAAGCAUAUCAAUUAAACUGUUAAAAAUAGCUCCUGACUGAUUUCUCUCUUGCAAUUGUUAUUAGUCUAAUACUAUCCUUACCUUUUUGUGUCAUUUUACCCCACUCCCUCUAGCAUGUAAGCUCAUUGAGCAGGGCCCUCAACCCCUCUGUUCCUGUGUGUCCAACUUGUCUGGUUACAACUACAUGUCUGUUCGUCCACCCACUGUAAAGCACUAAGGAAUUUGUUGGCGCUAUAUAAAUAAUAUAAUAAUAAUGUAUGAUAGUUUGAUAGAGUAAAUUCAUAGUCCACUGUUUAUCCAUCAAACCUAGAGUCUGAUUGAGAUCCGUGUGGGCUCAGUGAUCUUCCAUAUUUUGGUCUAAAAUUCCUUAAAAGCAGUUAAGCUCCAGUUGAGCAUCAAGACAAGCUCUUUACUGACCUUAUUUCUUUUUGGAGCCUCCUACACAUAUACCUUCAGGAUUUUUAUAGAGCCCCAUGAACCUCUUAAUAAUAAGCAGUCCAUCAAGUGGAUGUUAUUAAUAGAUCCUCUCUUUGCUGCUGGAUGUAAUUGUAUUCUAUUUUAGACUUUCAAUGUAUCUUCAUUUGACGUUUUGUAAAAUAGCUCUUAUACUAUGAAAAUAUACAUGUUAAUUUCACAGUAAUAUGCUUUUCACACCAGGCUGUGAAUCACUGCAAAAGCUGGAUCUCACGGUGAACUUUGUCGGAGAGUUGUCAAGUGUAAAGAGCCUCCAACACAACAUUUGUCUUCGCGAGCUGUUUCUGGUGGGAAAUCCAUGCGCUCAGUUUAACGGUUAUCGGCAAUAUGUGGUGGCUAUGCUCCCUCAAUUAAAGGUAUACACACAGAAUGUGCUUGAAUGUUCCGCAAUAAGUAAGAUUUUCUUUCAUUAUAUUAUUAUUCCGUAUUGUAGUGAAUGGGGACAUGCUACAUAGGUAAUGUUAGUUUUCGGGGCUGGGUUACCUAAUAUUUGAAGAUUGUUUUCCAUAAGAACACUUUUACACAUUAUGUAAAAUUCAGUGUGAGGGAUACAGCUUACAUAUGCUAAGUACUUGCAUAAAAUUACAUUUUUCUGGGGAAUUGUGAGAGACAUGUCUCUUUCAUUAUUGUUUUUCCAACUUAGCUUUUUGCCCAAAUGUUUCAUUUCAUUUCUUAAAGGGACACUAUAGUCACCCAGACCACUUCAGCUCAAUGAAGUGGUCUGGGUGCCAGGUCCCUCAGGUUUUAACCCUGCAGAUGCAAACAUAGCAGUUUCAGAGAAACUGCUAUGUUUAAAUUUGGGGUUAAGCCAGCCUCUAGUGGCUGUCUUCCGGACAGUCACUAGGGGCGCAUCUGUGACACUGGAGGCAUAUUAUGCCUCCAUCGCACAGAGCAUCCAUAGAAAUGCUUUCCUAUUGACAGCUUGAAUCUAUGACGUCGGCAGAGGGAGCUGACGUCGGCGGGAGAGGAGAGGUCACCAAUGCCGAGGGAGCCCGGCUCUGGAAUAAGGUAAGCUGCUGAAGGGGUUUUAACCCCUUCAGCACCAUGGGAGGGGGACCCUGAGGGUGGGGGCACCCUCAGGGCACUAUAGUGUCAGGAAAACCACUUUGUUUUCCUGACACAAUAGUGAUCCUUUAAAAGGACUCUAUAGGCAUUCAGACUACUUCAUCCAUGUCUUUUAAAUCAUGCAAGGGAAAACAUUGCAGUUUACAUUGCAAGGUUAACAUGACUCUAGUGACUCUCUUCCUGACAGUCACUAGAGGAGCUUUUGCCUCAAUAGCCGGGUUAAAGGGACACCGUAGGCACCCAUACCACUUUAGCUCAUUGAAGUGGUCUGGGUGCAGUGUCCCAGUCCCACUUUGAGAAACUGCAGAGAUUAAAUUGCAGUUUUAAGACUGCCUCUAGUGGCUGUCAAUCAGACAGCCACAGGAGGCACUACCUGGUGUCUAGGCGACUUUUGGUUGCCUAACUAAUGCUGGAUGCCCUCACACUUUGUAUAAGGACAUCCAGUGUCUGUUUAAUCCCCAUAGGAAAGCAAUGCUUUCCCUGCAAGGGGUGGGAGAGGGAACUAUAUUGUAAGGAAUACAGAAUGUAUUUCUUUAAAUUUCGGCUGUUCUUAUAGAGACCAUUUGAUUGGUGCAGCAUUUUGCCGUCUAUGGGCAUUCACCUCACCUAUGUGGAAACAUACCGAAACAGGGUAGAUUGAAACUACAUCAUUAGGUAUAUAAAACAUGCAUUCCUAACGCUAUAUUGUUCCUGUAAUUCUCUACAAUUCAUUGUGUUCAGUAUAUAACAUUCCAACUUAGUCAAGUGAGGUAGUUUCUAAGUCUGAUUUUAUUGAUCUGUAUUUUACCUUUUGAAAAUGUGGGGAUUACAAAGCUAGUGAGGGAAAAUUUAAACAUUUAAUUGCUUUAGAAUAUCUUUUUUUUAUAAUUUAUUUUAAAGCUCUUGUUCAUUAGUCAUCAUAAAUAAAUGAGCCAAAAAUUCUGGUAGAGAAAUAAAAUACAAAGACAUUGACAAACAGGGCAAUUAAAAUGGUUUAAUUACUUUGAUAUGAAAUCAUUUCUACAUACUAUAGUAGUGAUGGUAAUCUUGGAACUGCAGUUGCAUGUGGACUACAUUUCCCAAAGUUUGGUAGUGCAUCAUGGGGAAUAUAGUCUACUAAUAUAUCUAGGUUCAAGACUAACAUUAUUGGAUAAAAUGACACAUGGUAUAAUAGUAUGCCUCCAUUUCUGUUUAAACGCACAUGGGGAUUUAGGCCAGAGCGCAGGUAACGUUUUCUUUGUUUUUACUAUGUAUUUUAAGCUGUUGGAUACUAAGCCACUGCUGCUGUAAGCGCGGUGCUUUAUCUUUGUGUUUGUUUAUAAUAGUAUGGCUAUAUGUCUCCCCCUACAGGUAACCAUGAUAAAUUAUUCUAAUUUUCGAUCCAUCAAGUUUUAGUAUUUAAUUAUUUAUAAAAUAUUGUACCAGGAUGGAUACAUUGAGAUUUCACUCCUUUUUAAGUAUGUCCUGGGGUUUUUGUUCUUAUUAAUAUUUAUAACGCUCCAACUUUUUCUGAGAUGUUGAGCAAUGGAUAUAUAAACUAAUGAAACAAAAUAUCGAAAUAUGACAAGGAUUAAGGUUUCUCAGAACGGGGCCCGCUUCUAAAGACAUUAGCUCUGUUCUAUGAGUGGUGUGUAUGUGUGUGGGUGGAUGACUAAGUAUAAUACUUUGUGUAGUGGCGAGUGUUGUGUGUGUACGCAGUUAAAGAUAAGAAUGUUGAAAUAGAAGGAACUGUAUGUUCUACACAGCUUGUCUGGCAGAUACAGUCAUGUUAUCUGAUAUUUUAUUAAAGAAGCAAUAUAUUUUUGGGUAAUUGGAUUGAUUAUUGUAUGUCCUCCAGUGAUCCUGUGAGCUGUUUAAUGUAGUAUGCCAGUAUAUAGUAUGUUUGGGUGAGAUGGGAUGGGUUUUCCAUGUGAGGUUUCAGUGGUUAUUUGAGUUGAUCUGUGACGUAUACUGAUGUUUUGUUGAGGUGUAUUAAUGGUGCAGAGAAGUGUAAUGAUGGUUCUGUGGUUUGGCUAAGUAAUAUAAUUGUUCUCUGAGGUCUUCCAAUAAUUCAACAAUUUGUCUGAUGGAUCAAUGAGGUAUACAGAUUGUUUAAUUAGGUAUUACAAUGUUUUGCUGUUGUUCUAUGGAUGCUUUUAUUAAAUAAAAUGAUUUCAUGAGGUGUCAUUCCGAUAGGUUAAUGCGAUCUGCUAAUGGUUUUAUUCAAGGCUACAUUGGUGUGUGACAUAUACUGGUUCUGUGAUGAUUCAGUAAGAUGCACUAAUGGUUGGUGUGAUGAACGUUUGUGCAGAUUGUCUUUAUAUACAUUACCAUGUUAUUUACUAUAGCGUGAGUGUAAAAGGAGCCUUCAUUUUUAUGUACCUGACAUGUCUAAUAGUAUUAUUUUUAUUUUUUGUCAGCAGAGAAAAAAUUCCAUUCUAAUGUCCAUUCUUCAUGGAUACUUCACUAUGUUUAUUUCCUAAAUAGCUUUGGAAGGAUUAUAUGUGCAUAUGAAUUGCCUGCACUGCAUGAUAUGACUGACAUCAGAACGCUAGGCAUAUAAAUUAUGCACACUCAUGUUCUAGAGCUUUUGCAAUGUGCAAUGUCUUACAGCUUGUUUGCAGCUUUUUCCACUGUUAUUGUAAUUUUCCUUACAUAAUAUAGAUAUUCAUUAAAUGAUACGCGCGUGUGUGUGUAUAUAUAUCAAUCACAGAUACACUGUAUACAGUAUGUAUGUGUUCUACACAUUUUUCCUUUUUUAACUUAUCCACACUUAUCUAUGGAAUUAACUCUCUGAUGUUGUUUCUCCAUUGAAGUGGUUGGACGGCAAGGAGAUUGAGCGGUCAGAAAGGAUUCAGGCUAUGCAGGAUUAUCCACAAGUACAAGUGCAAAUCAAAGCGCAGGAGGCGGAUUAUCUUUACAAGAGGGCCCUAGAAAGAGAAGCAGCUCAGGAAAAAAUGACAGAAAAGAAAAUUGAACCCAGAAAACUGCACAAGAAGAACCCUGGAUUUGACGGACGAUGGUACACGGACAUCGACAACACCCUGUGCGUCCUGAGAUACUAGCUGUGCAUUAGGCUGUCUAAUGUAAUGAGGAUCAAACUGCAGAUGUUUGAGAAUUACAUUCCCAUGAUGAUCAGACACAUAUAUAACAAACGUGCUAUGAUUUAACCCCUUAAAAAAACAAUGACAGUGUAUGCAAUGUUAACAAUAUGUCAUUUAGUCCUUCAUUAGAGGUAGUUGGGGUAGGAGGGCCUAAGGGUUAUAGGGUGUUUAGAAAUGGGUGUUUUAGGAUUUUAGGGGAUUACGGGUAAGAGAGUACCUGCCUUAAAGUAUCUUGAUUUUCAGUGAGUUAUAGUCCACAAUAUCUUGACAGCAGCUACCUCUUAAUCGUAAAUCCCCCUUGAGCCUAAAUAUUCUAACUACCCUUAAAUCUACAUAACAGGGCACACUGCUGUAACCCACAUUAUUACAGGACCUCACAUAGCAAUGAACACAGCUAUGUAAUAAUGCUAUAAUGAAGCUGCCAUGUUUUUAAUGAGCUGAAAUUAUAAUGUUACUUUUAAAGCUUUUAAUACUAACAUUUACUGGCAAACAAAGACAAAGUGAAUCCUUGGAAAUGCACACAGUGCCAAGUAGCUCUGUGCAUGCUGACAUCAAAAAAAACUUUUAGGAUAUAAUUGAUCUGUAUGUGGACAGGUUGUUGCCAUUAUAAUUGCCAUUAUGGAGCAGAGAAGGAAUUUUUGUUGUAAAAUUGGAAAUGGCUACAGUUGAGGUUUUGUCAUCUUAGGAUCAACAGCAUAAAAGAAUGGGUUCCAAGGUUGAAUUUGAUGGACUUUAAUCUUUUCUUCAAACUAGACCACGGUUUAACAAUAUAACUUAGUCCUCUUUAGCAUACAGUGCAAAAGUAAUGUUUACUUGAACAUAAAAUGUGAUCUUUCGCCAAUUAUUUGAAGUAUUAUUGCUAUCUCCAUUCAAUGAUGGAUCAAAUCAGUGCUGGCCUGCUGAAUUCAGCUGGAUAGUAACAUGAUGGCUCUUAACAUAAACUCAGCUAUAUGCGACCAAAUCACAAUUACAUUCUCUGAUUUUAGUCUAGCUUAGAAUUAGAAGAAAUUUCUAGAUUUAGGAAUUCAAACACCAAAAAUAACUAAAUUGUAAUAAAAAUCUCUAGGUAAACUGUGUUAUUAGUUUGGCUAUUUUAGCCUGAAAUUUGAAGGACCCAGCAGGUUGCAUCAGUCACAAGCAAGUAAAUGAAUCCUUUUAUUGCUGAGUGAUGGACAAACCUCUAAUGUGAUGCUGAAAGGGAAGUAUGUUAAGAAAAGAACAUGCCAAUUGACUCCUAAAUGCAGUAUAUAAUAAUUUUUUUUUAAAUAUACCCGAUGAUUAACAAUGAGUGGACCAACAAACCAUUCUUCCACCCCAUGAUUGUGAAGGAAAAUCUUAACUGACAUUUUUCCAGUGGUGGGGAGGUAAUUAAAAUAUAUAGGGUACUGUCAAAUGGGCCAUCUAAAUAACUAUUAGGGCCAGUGAGUGCCCAAUCCCUUCGGGUCAGGGAUGCUCACUCUCUCUUGUCAUGUUGACUAAAUAAAUUCCCUGCCCUUUAGCUAGAAGUCCCAAGCCACUCCAUUUAGUCCCAGAUAAAGUUUCACUUACUGGAGAAUUCCCUGGUGAUGUGUAGAUGAACUAAAAACAUUUUGUCUAUUGUGACACAAAAUUUGAAAUUCAUUUCUGAAUCCCCAACAAGUCACACUGUGACUAGUUAAAGCAGAGUUUUAUCUCUUUAAAUAGAACCAUACUGUCAUUCUAAGUAACUCUCUAUUUUCUUAGACUUAACAUGGUUUUUCUUAUAUGCAAGAUUAUUAUUUUCUUUUCAAAUUGCUCUUAUAAGAAAGUACAUAAAGUAAGAUAGAUUUGUCCAUCAUUCUUUAUAUGGAAACAUUUGUCUUGUACUUAGUGUAACGCUGCUCUGCCUUUGUGGUUUUCCUUGCUCUCUCGGUUCACAUCGGUCCCUCCAAUCAAUAAAUCUUUUUCUCUGGGAAAGUCAGCUUCUCACCCAUCUAUCAUGGUGAUAUAUGGCACUUAAAGUAAAUGGAGCUAAAACAGCAGAUUCUGUAUUGACGUUGCCCUAUGUAUUUCCAGAGAUUUUAAGGGAAAAAACAUUUACUGGUGAUAUUUCACAUCCUCAAACAUAUGUCUUCUUUGCAGUCGCUAGUCUGGGUUUUAGGGGAUUUAAAUACUUAGAAUCUUAGCCCAUGACAGGGUUUGUACAUAACAUUCUGUGCAUACGGGGUACACUAUGUCAGGUUACUAAUGCACAGUAUGCAAAUGCCAUAGAGACCACUGAUGGGUAACUUUGGCACCACAGAUGUUUUUUAUCUGAAUUUCUCAUAAUGCUUCAUCUAGAGUGACACGAUUAGACAUUACUGCUACAGAUCAUUAGCAAUAGUGAAGUAAUAUUAUUGAUCCUAUUUCAGGGUUUUGUAGUCAAACCAAAAUGACAAAAACACACGUAGCAACCACAGUGUAAAUAUCUAGAAUAUAUGAUGUACAGCUAAAUCAGAUAGUAUGAAUAGUUAAACCCAGCAUAGAACCUGAUGGGUACCUAACGGACUAUUAUCUGCAGGUCAGAAUUAUCACGCGUUUAUCUUUAGAUACCUGACACUAUAACAUCUUACUAUAUUGUCGCUGUAAUAGAAGCUGAUAGCUAGGUAUACGUCUCAAACUUCCUGCUAAUCAGCAAUUCCUAGAUAGGUAUCAAAAUAGUUUCAUUAUUGAUCUUACCAUAAACCAUACAUUGAUUAAAGAUAGCAAUUUUACUUUGAACCCGAAACAAAAUACAAAAAGUCUAUGUAGGUAUAAAAGCAGUCCAGCAGUUUUAUAUUGUUAUAUGUUUUAAUUCCACAUUUGCACUUUUGAUGUACUUUUCUCCCAGCGUGUUUCAGACUUCCACUUUCUUAUUGGUUAUUCUCUCUUGUUUCAUAAAUGGUGCUACAGUCGGUAAAUAAAAGGGGUCUAAAUAUGUAAGCAUAAGGUGCAUAUAGCAUUAUGAGUGUCACAGUAGGUAGCCUAAAAUCUCUUAUUAACAAUAUUUUAAAACUCUGUAUGUACUGCACAGAUGUCCAGUCUUCAGCCUUGAUCCUCCCCAGCUGUGAUUUGACUACAAUUCCCGUAUUCCCAUGCUAACCAGUGCCCAAUGGACAGUUUGUUGAUUAUCUAAUUGUUUGUUUUCUGUUAUUGUCCAUUGAUUUAUUUUAAUCUUUCAUUCAGGCAACUGGUCGGCUUUAAAGGAGACUAUGAUGAGCUAAAUUGACCGUUUUGAUCUUUGUUUCAUUUUAGACCACAAAGUUCUGAAAACAAAGAGAAUUCUUCUGAGACGGACAGAGACAAUGAGGCUGUAGGAACAGAUGAAGAAGAAAAGGAUAAAGAGUUUUGGCAGCAGCCCUCAUUGUAUACUCCUGAAUCUAGAUUGGAAACCCACCAAUACUUGGAAGAAAAACGCAAAUCUAAAGAGGGCAGAAGGUACAGACUGUUAUUUGCUUUCCUACUUUUAACAGGGGCUGCUUCUGUGCAUAGGAAUGUUUACUUACCAACUUACCAUAGCUUAACCCUAGGUCCACUCCCAUUCAACCAUCAUGCAGUAUGGUUACAGGAAGAGGAUAUAAUUGAAAGGCAUUUAAAAGAGGAGAUAAACAUUUGUAACGAAUAGGCGCUACAGAGUGACUGAGGAACCAACCUAGAUGUUUACAGGAGAUAAUGAAUAGGUGAUUCCAUAAAUGUCUAAGAUCCCUAGGGUGUGUGGCUCACUCAUUACUGAUGCAGUCCCUUAACACUUUUUAUUAUUCAGGUAUGUGGGGAUAGCUUCAUGGCUUGUCUCUUUUAUGGAGCAGAACUCUUCAAAUAAAUUCUAAUUGUACGGUUAAAGAUACGUAAUAUCUGCCAAUGAGCUGAGGAAAUCUAAUCUGUAAGGAAUUGGAUGAAUGUAGGAUCAGCAAGAAGGUAGUGGAACAAACUGGAAGAGUAUAAGACAGCGUAUCGUGACAAUUUUAUAAUGUGAUACAAAUGAUUUACAUUGCAUUAGUUUGGUUGUCCAUUAAUAAUUAGCUCAUACCAUGGUAUUGUAAUAUGUAACAAAAUAUACUAUUCAAAACCUCUUAUCUAGACUUUUAGUAGAGGGGCAAGCCAAGGCAAUGCUGCUAUAGGAUAUUACGGAGUGCUGCCUUUAGGGGGCAGAGGAAAGAGAUGGUCAACAAGGGAUUGGAAGAGUAUUGGAGCAAAGGAAAGAUGGGACAGACAAAGGCAGAGGGAUUAUCACAUCUGCAGGGGUUGGAAAAGUAUAGGGUCUCCAGCGGAUUGGAUGGUUAUAAGAUUAUCAAGGGCACACAGACCAUUGUCCUCAAGGGGGCAAGAGUAGGAUAUGAUCACCAAGAGAUUCAAAGAUUGUAGGAUCUGCAAGAGAACAAAGGAAAAAUAGAUCCUGCAAGGGCAUGCAUUGUUUUGACAACAUUACCUCUAAUAAUUAGUGAAUCUCACUGAGAUGCUGUAAUACCAUAAUGCAUGCAGACUUUUAUUUCAGCUUUUUAUGAGCAUUCAUAAAGAAAGAAGAGAAGCACGCUGUUAACAGACACACUGGUGUAGGGUUUGUUUAAUUAGAUUGCCAUACAAAUCAAGGUUUUAAAUUGAUAGUGACUGUAAAUCAUUAUAUUAUGAACAUUCUUUAGAAGAGCUGAGUAAAUUGCUUCUUUGUGUCACCGGUGACGGAUAUACUAGGCUGCAAAAUAGGUUACUCUCUUGCAAUUUUAUUUUUAAUGUUUCAUUGUGGUUUUUGCAAUGCUAACAUUAUCAUUCUUAUUACAUUCUGGCAUUGCACUGCAUGUAUUUUAACUUAGAGUACAUUAUUUAACUAUGUGAGUGCCAGUACACGGCAGUGUCUUCCUUUCCUUGGCAUUAAUACGUUCAAUGUCUUUACCGAUAAAUACACUUCUUUCAGUAUGGAAACUGAAGAUUAUAUUCUACUUAUCUAUAAAAUCCCAACACUUUGUUCUGUUAUUCUAUUGUGAACAGAAUGGUUGAUGGUUCUGUCCUAUCGAACAGAUCACUGUCAGUACCAAUAAUACAUGAUACACACCUUCUAGCAUAUAGGACUUGGUCACCAACUAAUCUCUGAAUAAUUAUGCCUCACUAAUAUUUAAAUACCCCAUCCCACCUCUAUCUGCCUCUUAUUAGCAGGGACAACAUUUUAGGCCUGUUUAAUACCUACAAUAUCUAAUAUCUUAGAACAUAGGUUGGAAAGUCACAGGCACAAGACUGCCUGAGAACUACAGUAUUAAGCUACAUUGACAGUCAUGGCAGUCACAUUGCAGGGAAGUCCCAGACCAUUUUGCUAUUUUAAAGGAAUGCCAUUGAAGUGAUCUGUCUUCAUGUUCACCCAAAGGAAAACUAUAAGGUCAGGAACACAAAUAUGUAUUCCUGAUCCAAUAGUGUUAAAAACACAAUCUACUCUGGCCUACCCCUUUUCACGUAAAUAUAGUAAAAUCUUACUUUUACUCCAGUCUGCUGCUGCUUGCUCUGCUCCUGAUCUGUCUGCUUGGCUGACAUUAUCAGAAGUAUUGAUCAAUGCCUAUCACAAUGCUUUCCCAUAGGAAAACAUAGGAUGGGCUAAGAUUGUCAAGGAGGCAGAUCGGGGGCUCCACCACAAGCCAAACACAGGCCUGGACAAUCAGCAUCUCCUCAUAGAUGGAUUGAAUCAAUGCAUCUCAAUGAGGAAAGAUAUAUAUAUAUAGAUAUCAAAAUACACUUAGAAUGAAAUAAUGUAUAUUUUUAUACAUAUAUAUAUGUAUAUAUCAAAAUAAUUUAUAUAGGGGGCGGGGCUUAACCACGGAACGGAGCAGACGCUAUUUUCGUGAGCUCCGACAGUGCUCUGCUCAAUCCGCCGAAUAUCCUCGGAUAAACUGCCCAUCCACCAUAUCCCAGACCAGCAUCUACAUCCCGGUGUCUCCCGAUAUCGGCACAUGCCGUUCUUUGCUGGAUCCGGACAGAACCAGUGACGGAAGAAGCCUGCGGCCUACCAUCACGCUACGCGCCUGGAGGAUUUCCUGUGGCACAUCCCCCUCCAGUGCAACUGGAGCACAGACAUCAACUUACCUGCAGUUCAGUCCUUGGUCCCCUACUGUUCUCUAUCUAUACUGCCUCCCUUGGUAAACUCAUAAGCUCCUUUGGCUUCCAAUAUCAUUUCUGUGCAGAUGACACACAAAUCUACCUGUCCUCUCCUGAUCUCUCCCCGUCCCUCUUGACUAGUGUCUCUGACUGCCUCCCUGCUGUUUCUAACUGGAUGGCUGCCCACUUCCUUGAACUAAACUUGAUCAAAACUGAAAUUCUGGUCUUUCCUCCCUCAAGUGUUGUUACUCCUGUGUCUGUCUCCCUCCAAGUCAACGGUGCUACCAUCAGUUCCACCACGCAGGCUCGCUGCCUAGGUGUUCUCUUUGACUCUGACCUCUCCUUCAAGCCUCAUGUUCAAUCUAUUGCCAAAUCCUGUCAUUCUCAUCUCAAAAACAUUGCGCACGUCCGCCCCUACUUAACGCCAGAUGCGACUAAGGUGUUGGUCCAUUCCACUGUCCUUUCUCUCCUUGACUACUGUAAUCCGCUUCUCAGUGGUCUUACAUGCUCCCAACUAGCGCCGUUACAGUCCAUGAUGAAUGCGGUGGCGAGGCUCAUCUUCCUGUCCGCCCUCACCUCCCAUGCCUCACCCUUCUGUCAGUCCCUACAUUGGCUUCCUAUAAAAUAUAGAGCUCAAUUUAACAUUCUGGUUCUUGCUUUUUUUUAAAUCUCUACAUAAUGCUGCUCCCACCUAUCUAUCCUCCCUUUUACACAAGUAUGUCCCGUCUAGGCCCUUACGAUCUGCUGAAGAGUUACGUCUAUCUUCUGUCCGUACUCCCACCUCAGAUGCUCGCCUUCAAGAUUUCUCGAGGGCUGCACCGUUCCAGUGGAACUCGCUUCCCUCCUCCGUUAGAUGCUCACCCAGUCUCCACUCUUUCAAAAAAUUGUUAAAAAACCCACUUCUUCAUAAAAGCGUAUCAAUUAAACUGUUAAUAGCUCCUGACUGAUUCCUCUUCUGCAACUGUCAUUAGUCUAAUACUAUCCUUACCUUUUUGUGUCAUUUUACCCCACUCCCUCUAGCAUGUAAGCUCAUUGAGCAGGGCCCUCAACCCCUCUGUUCCUGUGUGUCCAACUUGUUUGGUUACAACUACAUGUCUGUUCGUCCACCCAUUGUAAAGCACUGCGGAAUUUGAUGGUGCUCUAUAAAUAUCAUAAUAAUAAUAAUAAUAAUCAGCCCUCAGCCAUGGGGAGACGCUCACAGAAACCUCUCUCAGGUACAUCAAGUGAAUCCCAAGACAUAGGGGCUCUAUUACAGCGCCAAACCCUGCCCAAAAUGGCGGCCCCAGCCAACCAGAAGGCCUUAGCAGACCCUCAGACACAAACACCUGACUACCCUCAAGCACAAACCUUGCCACAAACACCAGAACAAACAGCUGCAGCCUUACCUGACAUAUCAGCUCUGGCCACCAAGCAUGAUAUUAAAAAUCUCUUCACCAAAUUCCGCCAAAAGCUGGCAACUGACAUAGCAGUCAUCCAGGUUGACUUACAGGUGGUUACAGACAGGGUGAGAGCCACAGAAGAGGACAUCAUAGAUAUGAGAUGGGAAAUGACAAUCGUACAAGACUCCAUGCAAAGCGUCCAUAAAACCCAGCAAGCAUUUUCCACGCAACUUGCUACGCUGGAUCACAGUUCCAGGUGUAAUAACCUAAAGAUAAGAGGGGUACCAGAGUCUGUCACCAUGGACGAAGUGCCCCACUACCUGCGACGUCUAACAGCCUCCCUAUUACCGCCAACACACGCCAAAAAGCUCGCUCUUGAUGGCAUAUUCCACCUACAAAAAUCACCUAGGGCCCCCACAAAUGCCAUGAGUGACAUCAUAGUUCGCUGCACCCUGGCCCAAGACAAAAAAGCACUCCUCUCAGCUAUACGAAACCAAACACCUUACAUAUUUGAGGGUGCCGACCUGUCCUUCUACCAAGACCUGUCGAGGUCCACCCUGCAAUGGCACAAAACCCAACCACAAGCCAACUGAGAACCGCAGGAGUUAUAUACCACUGGACCACUCCACAAGCCCUCACAGUGACCCACAACGGAUCUAGCCACGUAAUCACCGCGGCCGAAGAAGCACCCACACUGCUGCGGGCACUGGGACUGUCUGCCCUUGGCGAGGCAUCAAGAGAUCGGAGAGGAACAUCCACUUGGGACCCGACCACAUUAGUCCCCUUCACUCCACGGAACUGCCCGACCACGAGCACCGGGACAUGACUGAGCUUGGACCCCAACGAGCAGCAGGCAACAAGGGACAGUACUCAUAACACACAUUUCCACCUAAGUUUAAACAAUUUUCUUUUGUUUCAGUUCUCCAUCUGGCUAGACAAGGCUACCGCAACCUACAUACCCCCCUGUGCAGAGCUAGGGGUAUACUGACCCUCCCUACGAGGCUUUGAAUGGAGGGGCAACGCUCCAUGAGAUAGGGAUACAGGGGCAGGCCUCUACACCCACCGCAACUCCCUUUGUUAGGGGCACUAACAGCCACAACCGACCUAAGCUCCCCUCAAAUCAACAACACGAUCAUCCACAGCCCAGGCCCGAAAAGCGAGGCCGAUUAAAAGACAGAGGCACACACUACCAACCACACCCAUAUGCUUAAACCCACAUCAAACUACAUGACCUCACUCAGCAGCCACCAAACUGCCUACACCCGACCUGAUUCAGCUCAGACAACCUCAGCCACAGUCCACUUCAACCCAGCUGCUUAGCAGGCUCGGCAACAAGAGAAGCACAGGUCGAAGGGCAUCCCUAACAUGCACAAGGGUACCCGAACAGCACUCCCUAGACACACGUAACUCUGUAAAUAAUAAAAAUAGCCUCUGCAAAAAAAACUGUAUUUAUGCCUGAUUUUGUGCAUGCUAGCACACUAUAUCAUCACAACAAACACCCUGCCAGACAUGCAAACCAAAUGUUUAAUAUUAUUGUUUUUAUGCAAGGUCUGACUCAGGUCAGAACCUUUUACCUAUUGCCUAGACCACAAAAAUUGUGCAUCUUUAUCCACAUGCUUUGUAUACGCAAACUGCUUUCUCGCACUGCCUAUUAAUGUCAUGUUAUACCCUACAAAUGUUAUUUCACAUGCACUGAAAAAUAAAGAAUUAUAUAAAAAAUUAUUUAAAUAUAUAAUCGAUAUAUAUAUAUAUAAUAUAUAUAUAUAUAUAUAUAUAUAUAUAUAUAUAUACAUAUAUAUAUAUAUUUUACGUAUAUAUUUAUGUAACAUUUUUACAUAAUUAAGUCAUUAUAUUAAUUACAAUUUGCGUGACCUGCCCCAGCAGAAAGUCCAGGGACAACAAAUCGGAUAUUGUAUGUAUUCAAGAGUCUCAUCUUAAGGAAGGAAAAGAGUACAAAUUUAUGACACAGUUAUUCCCAUCCCAAUUUCACUCCACUUGCAAGUCUAAGUCUAGAGGUACUUCUAUCUUUUUUAGUAGGAAGGUGGCCAGCUCUACAGAUAAGAUACCGAUGGAUGAUGACGGGAGAUACAUACUGUGGGUUAAUAAAGUUAUCAACGUUUUAUAUACAAUUGUCAAUGUGUACUUCCCCAACACAGGUCAGCUAACUUUUUUUAGGAAAAUAAUGGAAUUGGUGAAUGAGAACAUGAAAGGGAUUUUAGUGAUGUGUGGAGAUACGAACUUCGUUAUGGGCGGCGACUUAGAUAAUGCAAGGGAAAAUCUAGACACACCCCAUACGAGAGACAGUGACAGACUAGCUAUGAAAUGCUCGAAGUAUAUGGUUGAAUGCGGAUUGUAAGAACCAUGGAGAUUAUUACAUGAGAAUGAGAGAGACUUCACUUACUACUCCGUAUCCAAGAACAUGUAUUCCAGGCUGGACAGGUUCAUGAUACAGGGCACUCUCAUAUCACACAUCUCAAGAUCUGAUAUUUUAGAUAUUAAUUGGUCUGACCAUGCUCCCAUAACUUUGCAUAUAGAUGAAACGGUUUCUUCCUCCCCCAACAGACACUGGAGACUGAGUGAUUAUUUGUUAGACGAUCCUGAAAACAGAUCGCUCGCUGAGGGGGUACUAAAUGAUUAUUUUUUGGACAAUGUUUCGCAUAAGGUUCCUGGCGAGGUGACAUGGAAUGCGCACAAGGCUGUGAUGAGGGGUCAUUUCAUUUCUAGGGCGUCCCACUCGAAGAAGAAUAAUAACAGCAAUUUAAGAAACUUGGAAAAAGAACUGUGUAACUUAAAUCAGGCUAAUACAUUUGGUCCAUCUUCUUCCCUAUCAGCAAUGAUAGGGGAGAUUAAAUCAAAAAUACAUAAAAUAAAUAUAGAUAGAACUACUCUCAUGGUGAGACGCCUUAAGAAAUUGUUUUAUUUAAAAGGUAACAAGGCCUCAACUCUCCUGGCGUCCAAACUCUGACAGGUAAAUGCCCAGUCUAAAAUUUCACACUUAAUAGAUGACCAGAGACAAAAAAUAUUCCACCCGAAUAAGAUUAGCGAUCAAUUUGCAAAAUAUUAUAGCGAACUCUACAAUUUGGAAUCUGAUUUGAACCUCACCCAGCCAUCUGAGACUUCUAGUAAUAAUUUUUUAGACAGGGUUUCGUUGCCUCGGCUGUCCUCUGACAAUUUGGAAAAAUUAGAGUGUGAUAUAUCUGAAGCAGAGAUAGCCGAGGCGAUCAAGCUCAUGCCGUCAGGAAAGGCUCCUGGACCUGAUGGAUUUACCAUUUUAUAUUACAAGACCUUUGCAGAAACUUUAAUUUCCCACAUGUCCAAAUUAUUUAACUACUAUAAGUCCGGGGGGAAGAUCCCGGGAGAAUCUUUGUCCGCACAGAUUGUCACCUUGCCAAAACCAGGUAAAACUCCUGAUAGAGGCUCUAAUUUUAGGCCCAUAUCCCUUAUAAACAACGACAUAAAAAUGUAUGCUAAGAUAUUAGCGAACCGCUUAACUAGAUCAGGACGACCCCAGAAAUAGCAGGUAUUCCAAUUAAGGGAUCCACCCACAAAAUAGGGCUAUAUGCAGAUGAUGUCAUACUAGCACUCAAAAAUCCAAAAGAAUCUUUGGAAUCUCUUAACACAGUUCUACUCCAGUUUGGAGAAGUGACAUAUUAUAAAUUAAAUAUAUCUAAGACCCAGGUCCUGCCUUUUCAUUUGCAAAAGUCUGACAUGGAUGAAUUAAAAGCAAAAUAUCCGUUCGACUGGAGGAAGGAUUACCUGAACUAUUUAGGUAUUAACUUAUGCUAACAUUUACCUAAUAUGCAUAUUCAUAACUUGAAGGGAGCAUGGCCAGACCUACAAAGGGAGAUGGAGAGAUGGGGUGGCAUGGAAUUGUCGUGGUUAGGAAGAAUUGCCUCCAUAAAAAUGUCGAUCCUACCAAAAAUCCUGUAUUAUUUCAGAACUAUCCCUUUAUCUGUUCCAAUGUCCUUUUUUAAUAAAGUGCAUUCAAUAAUGCUUAAAUUUAUCUGGAACAAUAAACUCAAUAGAAUUAAGCUUACAUCCCUGCAGCACCAAAAAAUCCACGGGGGCAUUGGUGUCCCAAAUUUCAGGAAAUACUACUUUGAUACUAAUGCUGCAGUGGUUGUAAGCUUUAAUAGCCAAAAAAACAGGCCGAGAUGGAUGGAGAUGGAGGAAUCCAGCAUUUUCCCCUAUCAAAUCGGGGAACUAGCCUGGCUAAACCCUUCAAGGAGACCUGGCGUAUCAAAAAUGUUUUUGACUACUAAGACCACACUUAAAGCCUGGGAUUUAGUAUUCAAAAACAAUUGUCACUUGAUAAAACUAUAUAGAGCCAUGCCAAUUGAUUCUUUAAAAUAUUACAUCCCAACCUUAGACUAAGCAUUGCUUAAAGGACACCAACUGCAUCAUAUAGACAAUUUUUUCCAUGGAAACUCUAUCCUGUCUUAUGAAAAACUAAAAUUUAAGCAUAGUCUGCCGUUUGAAUGCAAGGUUGAAUGUGAGUUAGUGAUUGAGAAAUUGAACAAAAUAUACAAAAUUCCAGAACUUGAUAAAAAUUACGAAGCAAUGGCUAUAUCUCCAUUAGAAAAGCUAUUUUUAAAUGACCCAAAUAGGAAAGGCAUUAUAUCUAUAUGCUAUAUGUUACACAAUGAUAAACCAACAACCAAACUGAAACAUAUGGUGUCUUGGGAGACGGAGCUGGGUACCCAAUAUAAGUUGGAAGAAUGAUUUAAAAAAAUUUCAGCACUGAAGAGUUUAUCUUUCUGCUCUAAUCAUCAUGAAAAUCAUUUUAAAAUUCUGUAUAGAUGGUAUCUAACUCCGUCCAGACUGCAUAAUAUGAAUAAUAGGUACAGCGAUAGGUGCUGGAGAGACUGCGGAGGAUUGGGCAAUAUGGCCCACAUAUGGUGGUAUUGCCCAAGACUAACUAAAUACUGGAAAACGAUGCAUUACUUAAUUGUCAAAGUGAACAGGAAUAUAGACAAUUUCACAUCUGAACUUGCUCUAUUUAAAAACCCUCUAUCAAGGAAGUACUGACACUAACACUAGAAAUCAAAGCAUACGAACUAUCACAUAGAAAUAACACACACAUAUUUGCUCAAUUAAAAUACCACUGGGAUCAAUGGGAAACCGAUGUCAAAAAAACACAUAACCUGUAAUAGCUUGUAAUGUAGUGUUAUUCAACUCAAGUGCCUUGUACGUUAACAUAUUUACUGUUAGAAUGGAUGGAUAUCCCCCCUUUUCCCCCCACUUCCCAGUUUCACCCUUCCUUUCCCUUCCCUAAUAUAUUGUUCUUUAUUAUUUGUAAAUUCUGCAAAAUUCUGCAUCGCUGAAUACAAAUAUGUGUAUUUUAUUGCAGUAAAAGCAAACAGUAUUAUGACAUUCACAGGUAAAAUGUCACGCAUAAGUAAAAUAAUACAUUUUCUUAAUUUCUCCCAUUCUUUUAAUAUUUUAUUCAUAUUAAAUGAUGUUUCAUAGGUAAAUAUUUGAUGUUAAAUGAAAGCCCUCUUUCUCCGGAAUAAAAUGAUAAAUAAUAAGUGUGGAUGCACAUAAUAUGAAAUAGGUGAAUUACGGUUCAACAGACAUGUAGUCAAAUUCCAAGUUUUGUUUCAUUUUGAUCAAAACGUUUACAUUUGGCUCAGUCCUUAAGGGGUUAAAGAGUUUUUUUUUUUUUUUUAAAAGCAAAGUACUUCCUAUGUUUUUUAUUUAUCUCUAAUAUUUGUGAUAUACUAAUACAUUUGUGAUAUACUAAUAAAUGCGUCUAAUUUAUUUUCCCACAAUGUGACGUUUCAGGCUGUUUGAUGGAAAAAAAGCUAUAAUUUGGAUUUUUAAUUUAGCAAAAACAAUUAAGAUGUUUAUAUUUUUUUGAUGUUUAUAAUCCUGUUCUCAUCUUUCAGUGACGAAAAAAAGAAAGAGAAACCACAGAGGACUUUGGUCACAGCUGAAGGACGCAUCCUCAACGUAAAUGAACCCAAGUGAGUGAAUAACACAAUGGUCAGGUGAAUAAAAGUUUAGAAAGGCAAAAAAAAACAUGUUAAAACCCAGGUCCUGGAGGCAUUGCAGCGUGCUGCCUUGACCUUUAUAACCUAUUUCUACUGUCCAUUUUUCUUAAUUAUUCCAUUAUUUAAAAACAUGAGUUGCCUGUUCCUUUAAUACCAGCUUGUUGUGUAGAAUUCUGAAAUGACAAACCUUUAGUGCAGUGCCAGAUUUGACAGAUCUUUAAAAAUAUGCUUUAGCAUGUGCUCGCUGAAUUAUAAGGUUAAUUAUAGCUCUGUCCUGAAACUAGGCAACCAGUGAAUUAUCAGUCUUUGGAAACACUGAUGUGAAAGAGAAUGGUAUUUUCCAUUUUUUUUUUUUUCUGAAAAUGUGUUCUGUAAAGCAGUCUUCCAGUAACGCUUUGUAAACCGAAACAUGAAUUAAUAAAUUAAUAGAAUACAUAUUAUUAACAUGUCUGAAUAACAUGAACAUUGUAUACUUGAGCGUGUAGAGGAUUUAAUGGGCAUUCACAAGGACUGCGUAGCGUUGGUCUUCCAAGUGUUGUUGGCCUACAAUUCCCAUAAUUACCUGCCAUUCACUAGACAGAAGAGAAUUGUGCAAAGUAUAGGCUUAUAGCUGCUGGUGGGACAAGUUUGGACACCCAUGUAGAAUGAAGGAGUAUAAUCACGAAAAGCAGAAUGUGCCCGUGAUAUUAUAAUCAUCACUCUCGUUAUAUCAGGAUCCACACAUCCUAUCAAGUCAUCAGGGUUCCCCCUCCCCUUGAACUCUAUUGAGAUCAGUGCAGAAUAUAUGGGCAGUUGUCCAGUUUUGGUAAAUUUGACAAUCAGGUGACUCUCUCCGAUCAAUAGACAAGCCAGGUACUAUAAGUACUUGCCUAUCGUGGCAGGAAAGGAAAUGUCCCAACCAAGAAAGGGCAAUUUGGACCUUUUGGUGCAGAAUUGCUCCAAAGUGAGUGGAAAUUCUGAACUAUUAGGAUAGAGUAGGAUAUGUUUGAAGCCAAAAUUAAUUUCCCAAAGUCUAGGAAAUUAAGUCUAGUCUAGGCAUCAGAACUGGACCAUGAGAGCAAUGAAAUAUGGUUUUCUGGUCUGAUGUAUCUUUUAGAUCAGGUGGAUUGCCUGGUGUGUGCGCGUUGUUUACCUGGGGAAGAGAUGGUAGCAGGAUGAAUUAUGGGAUGAAGGCAGGCUGGCGGAGGCAGUGUUAUGCUAUGGGCAUGUUCUGCUGGAUAACCUUGGGUCCUGGCAUUCAUGUGGAUGUUACUUGGGCACCUACCAGCUACUUAGAAAUUUUGCACCCAUUUAUGGCAAUGGUGUUCCCCCAUAGCCAUGGCAUCCUUCAGCAGGAUAAUGCGCCAUGCCAAACUGCAAAAUUAUUCAGGAACAGUUUGAGAAACAUUCAAAAGAGAUCAAGGUGUAGCCAUUGCCUCCAAUUUCCUCAGAUCUCUAUCUGGUAGAGCAUCUAUGGCAUGUGCUGGUACAACAAAUCUGAUCCAUGGAGGCCCCAACUCACAGCGUGCAGGACAUAAAGGAACUGCUGCUAAUGUCUUAGUGCCAUAAACCACAGGACUCGUUCAAAGGUCUUGUGGAGUCAAUGCCUCAACGCAUUAGAACUGUUUUGGUAGCACAAGUGGCACCCACACGAUAUUAGGCAGGUGGUUUAAUGUUGUGGCUGAUCAAUGUGUAUACAUAUAAUCAGAUGAAACAAUUGCUGGGAAUGGGAGAUUUUUAAAAGAACACUGGAAUCCUUGCAGUUACUGUGCCAUGAGGCUAAAUAAAGAAACACUGGAUUAAAAUUUAGGUAUGCUUUAAUAAUUAAUUAUUACCAUAAUAAUUCAUUAUAACCUAAUUGUCUAGUCAUUAUUCCUUGUCAAAGUCACUCAGAUCUUUUCGCUUGCCAAUUUUUCCUGCUUCCAAUAGAUGAAAUUCAAGAACUGACUGGUCACUUGCUAGCUAUAUAUAUAUAAAUAUCCAGCAAAAUAAGAUCUAUGGAAGCAACUGACACUAUAGUCACCUGAACAACUUUAGCUUAAUGAAGCAGUUUUGGUGUAUAGAACAUGCCCCUGCAGCCUCACUGUUCAAUUCUCUGCCAUUUAGGAGUUAAAUCCCUUUGUUUAUGAACCCUAGACACACCUCCCUGCAUGUGACUUGCACAGCCUUCCAUAAACACUUCCUGUAAAGAGAGCCCUAUUUAGGCUUUCUUUAUUGCAAGUUCUGUUUAAAAUUUUCUUAUCCCCUGCAAUGUUAAUAGCUUGCUAGACCCUGCAAGAGCCUCCUGUAAUCACUAAAAUUUAAGCAUAGUCUGCCGUUUGAAUGCAAGGUGUGAAAUGUGGCAGCCACUAUAAGGCAGCUUCUCUCUUGGAUCAAUACUACUACAAGAACCAUGAACAGAAAUGCUGACAUGGAGUAGAACAGCUGCCCCUUCCCUUGGGUUCUCUAAUUCUCUCUCUGUUUGUUCUCCAGGCUAGAUUUCUCUCUGGCAGACGAUGAAGAAAAUAAUCAGUUCGUUUUGGAUCUGGCUAUUCAUAGGUAAUUAUUGUUUUCUUCCCAUUUGUACAGCAUUCAUCUUGUAGCUUUCCCUUGGAAUAUAUUAAUUAAUUAAGGUGUCCACACAGAAUAGAUUAUUUUUUUUAUUAUUAUUAUACUUUUAUUGAUGGACGUCCUUACCUUGAAGAGACAUGAGGUAUGCUAUAAAAAAAUGUCCUUGAAAUGUAAUCUUCAGCAUUGCCUCCAUCAUUUGCAUCAUUAUUACUUUUACACAAAGGCAAAAUAAAAUUAUAUGGAAAUUAGAAUUCUGAGACAUUAUCCAGCAAAUGCAAAACGUAAGAAUAGAUCAUUCAGAUUAUUAGAUUUACAUUUAUUUUUAAUAUUUUGAUUGCAUAACAUCAGAGUUAUUUUAUUCUGUUAAAAAUAUGAAUAGAUGUUGGGUAAUUCAUUUUUCAAGGUUAGAGCCGUUACCUAAGGUCAGUGUCUGUAUCACUGCCACCAUAAUCCAUUACCAAACCCUUACCUGUCCAUUCAUCUGGCUUCCUAACGCUAUUUGUUUUGUUAUUUAAAAAAUAAUAAUUCCAAGUGGCGGGUGCUUGUGGGCAAAAUAUCUAUAUAUGUGACCUGUGGCUGGGGUGUGCCAGAUAUGUUCUGUCACACCCUAUUUGAGAUGAAAUUAGUACUCCCCAUUACAUCUCUAACCACUGUUGAAAGAAUCUUAGCUGCUUCUCAUCUGAUGGAUGAGGAAAAGUAUGAAAAUGAAGAGUAUCUUUAUAUACCCUUAAGUAUCACUAGUAAAAAUUCUAUAUUUUGUUCUUAAAGCAAAACUGUCACUUUUUGUUCCAACAUCCUAGUAAACAAUAUUUCAAUAUCUACUGAGUGAAUAAUGUAGUGGAGGUAACACAAAAAAAACAAAAAACACCUUUCAUAUACAUACCCCUGCUGCACUUUCUUGUUGCAACCAUUUGCCAUUGUAUGAGGCCCUUGGUGUAUAAUUGUGUCUUUUCAUUAGUGGCCGCACACACUGUAAUGCACUGAAGUACACAUGUUCUGUACAUAUUGAUCUGUGUGAUUAAACUAAUUUACACUGAACAAAAUUAUAAACGCAACACGUUUGUUUUUGCCCCCAUUUUUUAUGGGCUGAACUUAAAGAUCUAAGACUUUUUCUAUGUACACAAAAGGCCUAUUUCUCUCAAGUAUUGUUCACAAAUCUGUCUAAAUCUGUGUUAGUGAGCACUUCUCCUUUGCCGAGAUAAUCCAUCCAUCUCACAGGUGCGGCAUAUCAAGAUGCUGAUUAGACAGCAUGAUUAUUGCACGGGUGUGCCUUAGGCUGACCACAAUAAUAGGCCACUCUGAAAAAAAAUAUAUCAUCAAUACAGUGGCUUUUGCAAAAGCCAAAACGUGUUUCACGUAAACUUGCAUGAGUUAAGUCAUACAGUGACAAUCACUGAUGUGAUCACUGAAAGUGAAUGUUUUAAUGGUAUUGCGCCAGUUUUACUGGUCUGAUAAUGGUGAUAGAUAUCAAGAUAGUGGGAUUGUGAUUGUGUGUCUUUAGAUUGUAAGUUCUUCUGAGCAAGGUUCUCAUUAAUGUAUUGUUCCUGUAACAUUUUUCUCUUAUAAUACUGUAAAGCGCUGUGGAAUAAGUUGGUGCCAUAUCCAUGCCAAUAAUAAUCAUUAACAGCUCAUGGCAAUCGUUAACAUGUCAAUAAAUAUUUGAUAUGUGAUUGUAAUUUCCUUUUUGGAUAAAAGACUUGAUGGACUGAUGGACACAUUAUAAAUAUGAUAUCAAAUUUAGUCUGUUCCAGUUAUUUUCUCAAUAACCCUUAUGCAGAUAUAAUAGACCAUGUUUUCUAAAAAUGGCUUAUUGGUUUAAUUCACAGGCAUCUAGACAUUUCCCUUGUUGAUGUUGAUAUUCAACCAAACUACAUAAAAGUGUUAGUGAAGAAGAAGGUAAAUAUGUAUUCAUUCAACAAUAUCGAUUGUUGUAGCCAUAUAAAAAUGGGCAAAGCAACUCAGAUUUUUCCCACCUAGUGUCACUGCAGUAGGGUUGCCUUGGGUGCAGGAGAAUGUAAGUUUUACUUAUCUGAAGCAGUCCCUUAUAGCUACUGCCAUGUCCAUCUGGUAGGUCCUCAUUAAUGCCCAUGUCAGUGCUGUAUCCUUGUACAUGUACGAGAGUCGUCCCUAUUUUGCCUUACGAUAUCUUUUGACUGUUUUCAGUGAAAUUCCAACACAGUCAAUGUAAUUAUGUCUUAAAGAUUUUAUCUGUUAUAAAACACUCAUAAGAAGGGAAAGGGGGGUUAACAGAGCCGCUUCAAGACGCUCAUGAAGUUUCCACAGAUUUUGUGUGCUGAGGAACUGCAAAAUUGCCCACCAAGUGCUUCUUCUUUCUUGUGAUACUUGUUACUUACUUGAUACUUACUUGUUUAUAAUCAGCAUAAAUCAUAAAGUAUGUUAAACAAUGAUUUGCAUACAAAUGUAUAACUGAAGAGUAAAGGUGGUGUUCUGCCACCCUCCUUUUAAGCAUGCAGCAUAUUUUUCAAAUAAAAGUGCCUAUUUUAUUUAUUAUAUUUUUGUGUGUGUGUUUGGGGGGGAGGUUGAUACAUAAUUUUUAUGCAUACCAUACAGGCCAGUGUUUUUAUGUUGAAAGGACUUAUUCAAUUUCCUUCCCUCCCUAUAAAUUUGAAUACAUUGUCAGAUCAUCCAGUUGGUUGGCUGGUAAACAUGUUAAUGUUUGUUCAAUGUUACAAUUUGGUUUAUCAACAAGCAGUAAGAACAAACUACCCAGACUGCACCUUGCCUAGCUAAUUGUGUCUCUUUACAUUUCCUAAUGUGUUAUGCACAUGCUUAGUGCUAGCAUAGUAAAUACAGUUCUCUGUGGAGGAGUAGAAUAUUUACAUGGACAGAUACAUUAAUGUCUGUUUUUUGUGUUCUGACAGCUCGCUUGAGGAUUAGAUUACAAACAUAUAUAUAUUGGUGCUACUCAGUUAAUCAAUCAGUGCCACAUUUUCCAAUGCACCCAGGAUAUUAUUGCCUGCCAUUCCAAUACACUUGGAUUUUCAGUUUUAUAUUAGCAGGUCCUUUUUGGACAAAAGUGAAGAGAGGACAAUGCUGAGCAGUUAGGGUGACACGAUCGUCAUGGUGACAUUUUACAACGGAAGGCUAUUUAGCUUGCUCGUCUGCAAUUUUAUUUGCAGUCAGCAUGUGUAUUUGUUAGCGUUAGUAGCAUUUAGAUUAAUUUCAUGGUAUGUAGCUAGUGCUGAUAUAGCUGUCUCUGUUCAUACAGGACCAAUGGUAAAACAAGAUGAUGGAUGGCCUGGGCUGUAGAUAGAUUUCCAUCAUUCCCUAGGCAUUUUUAGACAUUUCCCCAUACAAUUUCCCCUCAAUGUAACCAAUAUUUGUGCACUUUCCAUGACUCUGCUUUACCAUUCUAAACAUCCUACCCUUUAAUCACACUUUCCAGAAAAGGAAUAAUUAUGCUUCAUAGCUUUCCUUGUGAUACUCUAGUAAAUAGGGGCCUAGUCCCAAAGAAGGGCAGGGUCUGUGCACCUUUUUUCGAUUGAUCGUUUUGUGAUAUUCUGGAAAGCCUUGGAAGUGAAAAGAUAUGAUGCUAUAGAGAUUUGCGAUCCGUAGCACUUUUUGCAGUGUUUUUCUGUAUCUCCCUAAUAUCUUAUCUGUUCAGCCUUUUCAGAUUGUCCUUCCUGCUGAAGUAAAGCCUGAUAGCAGCACUGCCAAGAGAUCUCAAACCACCGGCCAUUUAGUUGUCGCUAUGCCCAAGGUACGUACAAAGUACCCUUCAGGGGACAUCAAGCCUAUACUGCAGGAUAUCUGUGGGUUGUUUUUUUUUUAUUUAACAAAGCUCUGAAACCUGGGGCUACUCUUCAUUGAAGGAAGAUAGUUUUACUCUAAAAUUCGGUUAGAUAUGGGAUUAUGAUUCUAUAUGUGCUGACAGUAGGCUGUGGUAUACCACCAAGCUUGAAACCCACACAGAGACAUAUGAUUUUUCCUUCCAAGUAGACGCACUCUAGCCACAAAUAGAUUUUAUUUGUGUUGCCAGGAGGUUUACAUUAAUCACCCACCAGGCACUCUCUCAGCAAACAAUUAGAGUUUCCAGAAACCAGCUUCACCGUUUGAUAUUUGUUUACCAAUGGUAUUCAUUGGUACUGUUUUGUGGGCAUGGAUAUAAAUUUCCCCUCAAUGUCAGCCCUUCAUACAUUGUGCACUUUGUGACCACCCUUUAAACCAGUGGAUACAGAGGUCUGUUUCCCAUAUUAACUUCAGUUUAAAUAUUACAUACAGCUUUAUGUGGUUUACCUAGGAAGUCUUGCAGAUCUAUGCAUCAAAGCCACGUUUACUAAUCUAUCUUACGCAUGCAUACAAUAUCUCUGAUUCCUCUUCUGAGCUUUACAAGAUUUCGUCCAGCUCUAAAUAUAGGAGGUUACUCUAGACAAGCUUGCCUUAUAACAUCAUAUCAAUCUGUUUAAGUACCCGAAGAUAACGUCAUCGAUGUCUAUAUCCUGAUGUGUCUUUGAAUGUUCUAUUCACUGUAAACUCUCACAGAUCUAUGAUAAAAACUGAUUUUUAAUGCUCUCUUCAAGAUGUUCUGUGCCAUUAUAUUUUGCAAAGAAAUCCACGUAGGGUGUCUGCAAGUCUAGACUUGUUUCCAUGCUUGUUGCACUAAUUUACUGAUAAGUCAGUAAUCACAAAGAUGGCUGUUGUUGGCGUUUGCUGGCUGUUUCCAUGCUACAAAACAUUUAACAUCUGACAACCAGUGGCUACCGAAUGUUUUUACAUCUCCCAUAGAGUUGGAUAGAUUUUGAUAAACACUAAAUAACACCUGGUUUACAUGCUGAAUGGUAAACAUUAUCACCUGUUCCUUAUAAACAGGUAAAUUAUACUUGUCACAUCUAGAAGUACAGAGGAAAGACAAGUUAAUUACUACAAACUCUCCAUACAUUCUGUAUUGAAAAAUCACUAUUAGUUUUCAGUAAAUAACUGUAAAAUGUAGCAAGUCUGGUGAAUGAAAGCACCGUUGGCAACUUACUCAGACAAUCACAGGUAAAGUACACAUGUACUGAGCAAACCUUUUAUAGGAUGCUGGUGGUGUUGCUAUGAAAAUUCAAUGGAAAACACAUGUAUGCAAAACCCUAAAAACUAGGUGGUAGUAGGUAACCAUUCAGUUAGAAGUAAGUAGCAUGCAGACAUUAAGGAUCUUCUGGCUGCUAAUAUUAACAGUGCUUAAAAGACCACUAAAGGCAAUUAGUGUAAUGACAUCAAGGGGUGCUGCCCUGGAGCAGCACUGUCACUUUAAAUGUGGGAACCACUAUAGCAAAGAAAUAAAUUCCAAGACACAAAUGAAUAGGGAAAAAAAUAAAAAAAUAUAUAUAUUUACAGGGAACCAAAGGAGAAAGCAAAAAAAAAAAAUUAAAACAUACAUAUACAUAUAUACAUAUACACAUACACACACACAUACACACACACACACACACUAUAUACAGUAAAUCAAAAUAAGCACGAAUCGUGCAGGCAACAAAUACUGUAACAGUCCUUUGGUAUAAGGACAGGAUUGUGCAGCUACCACGAGUAUCAGGUAGGGCACAGAUCCAGAGUCACAAGACUAAUGUAGUGACAUCAAGAAGCAAGACCAGAAGUCGAAUAAAUGAGCAAGGCUGCAGGGACAGGAUCACUGGUAGUAAAGCAGAGACCACGGAACCAGAGCACAGGAUCGGAGGACACAGGAGCAAAGACCAGGAGACACAGGACCAAGUUACAGUAUGCAGGAGCCAGAAAUACAGGGUAACAGGAAACAAAAGGCAAUGAUCUGGCAAGGAGUGAGGGGAGAACCCAAACUAAAUAGGUGCUAAACAAGGGCCAGGUGAAGUGCUUAAUGAAAAGAAAUCAGGAACAGUUCCAAACAGAAACAGUGGUGAGUGUGAGUACUGCACGAGGGCAAAUCAACUAAGGAGUGUCGUGACAAUUAGACCACUUCAUCUCAAUAUAGUGCAGUGGCCCUUUGGUUUUAACGCUGCAGUGUAAACCAUUGCAGUUUAGUAGAAAUGGCAAUGUUUCCAUUGCAGUUUUAAAUACCUCACAGUCCGACUCGAUACUCCAUUAAAUGUGCUCCUAGAGCAGCAUUUGAUUGGCGUAGAACAUGCGCACUAGCGUCCCGACGCUUCCUCAUGGGGAAGCAUUGGAUUUGCUGAAAUCAUCGGUUUUGAUAAGCUCGACCACGGAGGCAAAGUGACUGCGACAAGGGAGUAAAGGUAAACAAUAGUUACCUUUUAACCCUCAAAUGGGUCGUGGAACGCAACAUAUGUAGAGUCAAACUUUAGCGUUAGGAAUUCACGUUUGUAAUGCUGCUUUUUAAUGGCAAGCAUGUAAAUGAGCACUCUGUAUUUUUCUUACUUAACUACUUGAUUGUUGCGGUUAGGAUACUGAAAUGAAAUACUGCUUAAUUCUAUAAGUACACUCCAGGCUGAGAGAAAGAUUCCUGCCACCUGGAGAAACGUUUGGAGUGACCAUCGACAUAAAAAACACAUAUUUUAACUUAGACCUGUGGUCAGUGAAUGCACUAGCUACAUUAUGUAAAACAGAGUCUCCAGGAUUAUGGUGGUUCAUCACUUGAUUUAUGAAUUUGCACAAAGUUAUUUAUUUGUACCAUCAAUACAAAUUAUUGUGGGCGUGCAUACCUGUCCCAAAACCAGGUUUGGGUAAGAUAAUGCUCAAGCACAUAUGAUUACCCUUUCAGUGUCGGAUGGGUGGAACGGUGAAUUGUUUAUAAUAUGGCCCAUUGCUGAAGAAUCUAAAUACUGGCUUAGUAAAAAUAGUUUAUGUUAAAGUGGCUGUAAUGAAUUCUAGUCUUCAAUUUAAUCAAAUUCCUGCAUGCCACUGACGAGUGUACUUGAUGUGAAGAUAACGGAUUUUGUGCAUGAUUGAUUUUCAGGGACACCGUUCCUUCUUUGAAGACAGUUUGAAAUAUAUUUCUCAGGAGACACUCAUGUUCAGCUCAUCAUGUUUAAGAGCACAGGCUGGCAAUUUUUCUUUAGCUUGUGUGGUACCUGACAGAGUCAAACAAAUGUACUGUGGAAACAAAAUAGUGAUUUUCAGGAAUUGUGUUUUAUUAUCAGAGGGGAUAUGAGUAUAUAUUAAUUAUUAGCACUCAGGACUUGGAGCAUUUCUGAAGUUCUUGUAUGAUUUGAAAGCCCUCUGUUAUUUAACAGUUAUCUGCAAGAGCCACUGUUCUUUUUCAUGCAAAUUAUCAUAAUUUUAAACAAAAACCUGCAGUUGUUUGGGAUCAGUACAGAAAGUUUAAAGGAACACUAUUCAUAUUCCAAAUCUGUAUUCCUAACGCUGUAAUGUUCCUGUCCCGACUUGUAGGCAGUCCCUCGUCCCCCCCAAUGGUGCGAAAAAUAAAGUUUUGCUUACCUUGUACCAGCCCGAUGCUCUCCUGCUAAGCUCUCCUACCCCGGUGCCAUCACAGAGUAGGCAUGGCUUCCUUUGCGGUAUUCAAUCCAGUGCUCCUCAUAUAGGAGCACCAGGGAACUAAUGAGCAUGUGCAGCCUAUGCUGCACGCACAUUCAAACCAUCCCAUACGAAAGCAUUAAGUCAAUGCUUUCCUGUGAGGUUUCUGUGUCAUGUGACCUAGUUUUACUUGAUCAGUGCCUCGAAAGCACCUCAUACUGACAGCCACUAAAGGAGGACUUAACUCCGCAAUGCAAACAUUGCACUUUCUCAAAAACUGCAAUGUUUUGCCUUGCAUGGUUAAUGGGACAGGGACGCUAAUUUAGAAAUUGUUUUAGUUAUGGAUGACCGUUAAUUCUACAGACAUCUUAUUGAUGUGUGACUAGGCAUAUAGGCAUAUAGGGAACAGUAGAUUGUCUGGCAAAACAUCACGUUAGUUAUAUUUGUACAACAGCUAUAUGGCUAUAUGCUACCAUGUUCUGAAGUAAGGAUGGCCAAAUGAUAGAUGGUUUCUACGGCUUAAGUUUGGCAAUGCAUUAUGGGAAAUGUAGUUCUACAACGGAUGUGCUCUUUGGCCAUCCCUGAUGCAAAGCUUCCCAAACCAAACUACUAUCCUUACCUGGAAGUAUGGUACAUAAAUGGCACAGGCCAAUGAAUGGCUAACAGAUAUAUACAAACUAACAGGGCGCCACAGUCACUAAAUAGGUAUAUGUAUAGAAAAGAACCAUAUACUUAAAUAUAUCCCAAUCACUGGAUAAAAAAUAGUAAUUUAUUGAUACAGAAUAUAUAAAAUAACAGCACAUAAAAGUGCUCAAACUCGAUAUCUUUUGGGACCCUGGACUGUGGUAUCAGCGGCUGUACUGCUUAUUCGUGGUGAUUUGUGUUGACUGUCUAUUUUUCAUCUUGGACCGUUUGGGCUGUGUUUAUGCUUAUGUGUCACUAAUUGGAUGCUGUUUUAGCACUGCCAUCUUGUAUUUAAGUGUUUUGCACUUUUUCAUUAUACUGUGCACUUUAGCAUUUGCACUUUAUUGCCCCAUCCAGCACUUUAUAUUAGUGAGCUGCUAUACCUAUGGGUUCCUGAGCAUUUUAUGUUUGAGCACUUUUAUGUGCUGUUAUUUUAUAUAUUCUGUAUCAAUAAAUUACUAUUUUUUAUCCAGUGAUUGGGAUAUAUUUAAGUAUAUGGUUCUUUCCUAUACAUAUACCUAUUUAGUGACUGUGGCGCCCUGUUAGUUUGUAUAAUCUGUUGUUUUUUAUUGGAUUUGGAGUAUCCAAUUUACAGAGGCUUGCCUGCACUUGGGUUAUAAUCAGUUUCUAUUGUAUAUUCACCCACCUUCUUACCUCUUUGUCAAUGAAUGGCUAAAGCCUUAUUAAAUGUCAGAAAUAUAUUGUAGCGGAGAUACAAUAUUCCACAGAUUAUCUCUGCUUAAGAUCCCAGUGAGGCUCAGGAACAAGUAAUUAUAAAUCCACAAAGCAAGGUUUCCAACAGGUAAAAUAAUCCAACAGUAUCCCAACAGCAAUCCCAAUAACUUCACGACACACAGCAUCAGGAGCAGAACUAAAAACCUUUAUUUCAGUGGCCUUAUAAAGCAUGCUCCUAUGCAAGGGAGGGAUUUCCAUUAAUUACUACAGUAUCCAAUCCUGUUCCAGUAACCUCCCACACAUCUCCUCCCCUCAGCCUGCAUCAUAAUCCCCUUAUCCAGGACACCAAUUCCCCCCGUUUCUGGAAGUACCCCUAAACCUAGGGGUACCACUUUAAAUUAUACAUCCCCUGGUAGCCCUGAUCUGGGUGAACAACAUAUCCAAAAAUCACCCAGAUCAGACCAGGGGUUCUGGAAAUUCAUGGAGGGAAUAAAAUGACCGACCGCGCUGGAAGGAAUAGCCGAAUGGGGCUCCAUGCGAUGGGGCCCUGCGGUCGGUCCUGGAACAAGGGAAUAAAUCAUACAAAAGCCUCUAGUUACAGAGACUGGGGAGGGUUUGCCUGAAUCCCCUCGUUCAGUUGUUUCUAUCUAUCGAACGAGGGGCCGUUCGGUAGUUUGGAACCAAACGAGGGGCCGUUCGGUAGUUUGGAACCAAACAGACCGGGCUUGUGGAGGUCUCAGCGGUGUUCGCCUAGUCGAGUGUCCGAUUUGAGUUCCAGACACUCGAUGGCAAAACACCGCUGUUCGGGAGUUUUAAAAUGGCCGCCGCCACGUGUUCGUUUCCCGAAUGGCAGCCACCCCCGAGAACAAAGGACUGCUACUUAACUUGUCAAUUACCCGUUCGCAACAAUGUUGCAACGGGUAAUUGAAGGCACACUUCACACAGGGGAGGUCUGACUGUUCGGUAGUUUCAUUCGAACAAGCUAAGGGAAUGAAACUACUGAACAAUCAGACGAACACAAUACAUUUAACACAUAUAACUUUGCCAUUUACACGAAUGCAGUCAAAACCAAUACAAUCCACUACAUAUAUGAAUAUUAUUUUUCUGUGAAAUCUUUCUCAUGAUAUUUGAGAAAGGCCUGAAUGGACUAAAACGUUAAUCAUACAAUUAAUAACUUUUUAGAUGAUUUAUUAAACACUGUUUUUAGAAGACGUCUGAGUGCAACCCAUCAUUAGCCUUUAAAUAAAUAAAUAUAUAUAUAUAUAUAUAUAUAUAUAUAUAUACUAGAACAUUAACAUUCAUAAUUAAGCACUUCUCACAUUCCAAUCAGAUUAGCACAUUCACAUUUUACCAUUUUGAUGCUAACUUUCAUAUGGUGUAAUAAGCUGGGGAGGAGACAUACACCCAUGUUUUAGUGCUGCCUUGAUGCUCUUAUCUUUGGGUUUGGGAGGCCUAUGGUCUUUUGCAGCUUAGAAUAGGAAAGGUUUAGCGGUCGGUUUUUGGAUUACGUUCCUGGCUUUAGCCAAUUGAAUAGAUAUUAGAAUCUUUAACUGAAUCUUUUAUCUGAAUCCAUUAACCUAUUUAUUUAACGGGCCAUUUCUUGCCUCCCCCAUUUUGGUAUGCUCUGCUCUACAACAGCACAUUAAUAUGACGGCAAAUCCCCACUCCAGCAAGUGGUAAUAUUGCUUAGUGUACAGAUGUUGAACUUAUAUUUCCCAGCUGUCAUCAGGCCUUAACUCUUCUAUAUCUCUGCCACCCUCCUCUGUCUGAAUUGUGUUUAUUAUUUCAUGAAAAAUGUGAAGUUUUAAUUUCAUAAUGUUAAAUUGUCUGCAUUUGCAUUAUUUAAAGACACAGCCAUGAUAAUCUGGUAAUUACUAAACCACAUGGUGGGGACUUAGAAUUAAUACAGUUUUAUUGAAGACGUACACUCAUUUGCUUUUAAUGCCCAAUUUUCACCAUACCAGUAGAUGUGAUCCUGGGGUAAUGCAGAUUUCAUUUCAGUUGCAGGAAACAUUGACGGCUUGCAAACUUAUCAAUAAUUCAUCUAUAGCAAUUAUCCCGGAGUCAGAUAAACACAGAACAUUUAUCCACAUCAGCACUUAGAUUCUCUGUACACAUUAGUCUGUAAAACCACAUGCACACCACAUUAAAGAAAACACCAAAUUUUUAUUAUUUUUAUUUAUUAUUAGAUGAAAAUAGCAAUAAUAAAAAUGUUGCAUCAGACUAUUAAAGUUUAAAAGCAGAUUGCAAUGGUUUUUCCAGACACACUGUUAAUGAAUUGUAAGAUGUCUUGGCACUAAUUAUCACAUUUACCUGCUGAGCCCCACAACCAUGUGUUAACUGUGCAGCAAGCUCUUUCUUAUAAUGAGUAUAUUUCAGAUCACUGUGCGGUUCAUAUGCUCACAGGGUUUCUCAACCUGUUUUUAGUCAAUAACUACUUGUAUGAGUUUUUUUUUUCCCAGCCAAAUAUCUAAUAAUUUAGACUUAAUGGUUGGUUAUUUAAGUCAAAGCACCUAAUAUACAUUAAAUGCGUAGUCAUUGUGGCCAAAUAUUAAACAGAGUUGGUGGCCAUUAUAUCAACAAACUAGAUGGUCAUUCCAGGGUACUCAACUCCAUUACCUCUAAUAGCAAUAGAAUGGGAAAUCUUCACAGGGCACUGCAGUCUAAUUCUCUCAAUAUUGGCAGAAUGAGUAUUCUUUCCACUUAAAUACCCUUUCAGGAUUAUUUACUAAAGUAAGAAUUCAAAGUGAAUUUCAGAAUUCAGGGCGGAAUUGUAAUAGAACUGAAAGUGUAACUGACUUAAGAGAAAUUUUUCAGUUUAGCUAUUUUUUUACCUUAAAUUUGAAAUUCACCUUGAAUUCUCACGUUAACAAUGACAAUAACAAAUAGCAAUGUAUGUUUUAAUGUCAUACUUUAAGCACAAAAGCAGGAGAUAAGAAAUUCUAAAUUAAACAGAAUGUGCAAUAAAGGAAAUUUAAACAUUAGGUCUCUCUUCACAGGAAGUAUUUAUAACGGAUGUGCAAGUAACAUGCAGGGAGGAGUGACUAGAGCUGCACAAACACUGAUUUAAGCCCCAAAUGGCAUUGAGCAGUGAGACUGUAGGGGUAUAAUCUAUACACCAAAACUGCUUCAUUAAGCUAAAGUAAAAACCCAAGGGCAACCCGAGUCUGUGAGCCAGAGACGCAUAUUCAGAGACGCGGGGAGGGACUUAAAUCCUGCCGCAUUACUCAGACACUACCUAAGCGCACGGGGAGUGCCAUGAGAACCCUGCCCCUCUGCUACCAUGCUCACUGCGGGCUCUGCUCGUAACUCCUUUCUUACCUGAUAACUCUUCCUAUACCUCUUCUGCUUUACCCUCCCGCUUCCUACCUGUCACCUCUACUUACCUCCCUCCCACUCUCAAUGGGAGGAAACUACUUACCGAAUACUUCAACCAACUCGUACCGAAACACACAUCCCAGAAACAACAAAAGACCAACCUUUCUAAAACGAGAGCCAAAAUCAAACCCUUACUCAUAUACGACUGUGGCACGUCUAUAGACGUGACCAACAUGCCCAUAGCCACCAAUAUUGGGACUCCCUAAACCUUAUACACAUUAUACCAAUACAAGUCUACCUGACCACAUAGUACCUUUAACAGAGCACAGUUUAACUCAUGCCCAUAGCCACAUUACCUAAUAUGAAUGAUACCCUCUUAUGCUACAAUCCUCGCUAAAAACAACAUAAAUAAAUAAAAUAAUGCACCAAAAAAAAAAUCCAUGAAACAUUACAAAUAAGUUAUAUACCAUUGUAUCUGCAUAUCUCACUCCUUUUCUGUAUCACUGAAUAACUGUUGUAUGAAAUAUGUUUGGUUUUUGCAUAAGCCGUUGCAAUGCAGAUAGAUUAUUCUUUCAUUGCCAAAAUAAAGAAUUUAUAAAGAAAAAAACAAAAAAAAAACCCAAGGGCAGAGUAUAGAAUAUUUGAUACACUACUAACCUCAACAUCUGAGGAAAGGGAUUUAGGGGUGAUUAUUUCAGAUGACUUAAAAAUAGGCAGACAAUGUAAUAGAGCAGCAGGAAAUGCUAGCAGAAUGCUUGGUUGUAUUGGGAGAGGUAUUAGCAGUAGAAAGAGGGAAGUGCUCAUGCCAUUGUACAAAACACUCAGGGCCAGCCUUAGGUCUUUAGGCACCCUGUGUGAAAAAUCUUCACAGCGCCUCCCUCAUCUGUCAUCCAUGUAUUAUGCUAAACAAUAGACACUACUAUUUGUCACUAUAUACAAAAGAAUAAAAGUAAUUUAUCGUUAUAAUGUGUCAGCUUCCUCUCAGGAUAUUCUAGACUAUCCCGUAUAAAAUAGAAUACACAGGGAUGCACCAUAGGGCGUUUUAAACAUCUAAAUCUCGUGAGUUCCUUUCCAAUUGCGCAUUAUUUAUUAUCGUUUACAAUAUCACACUAUGUAUUGUGUUUUUCUUCUGUAGAUAAUCAGCUCAAUUCCUCUACCACUCUGUACAUCUAUGUAUUAUGUAAUGUUUGUGUUGUCUGUGUAUGUGAUAGAUGUGAUGAUUGUGUGUGAUAUGAUUGCUAUGUGAUGGCUGUGUGUGAUAUUUGUAAUGGGUGUAUUAACAGUGUGUGAUACGCGUGUAUUGGUUGUAUGUGAUAUUUGUGCUGGGUUUAUUGGCUGUGUGUGAUGGUUAUUUAAUUCAGAUAAAAACAUGCAUUUAGGCCUGUGUAUGAAUGCAAAAAUAUACACCUGCAGAGUUAUGUGAACACAUUCCCACAGUCAGAUGCACACAGUUAUCCAUAUACACUGUCAAAUCCACCACAUGCACAUAAUCGCAGGCAGAUAGUCACAUACACAGGAUCAGGCAGAAACACACAGGUAAAGGCAGUAACACACAUACAGUUAUAGGUAGAUAAACACACUCACACACAAUUACAGACAGACAGACACACACACACAGCCACACAUACAGUUUUACACACACACACACACACACACACAGCCAGACAUACUGUCUUACACACACAUACUUACAUGCAGACAGUCACACACACACAGCCACACACACAGGCAGACAGCCACACACAGAGGCAGCUACAUACAUACGCACACAGGCAGACAGCCACACACACACAGGAAGACAUCCACACAGGCAGACAGUCAUGCGCACACACACAGGCAGACAGUCAUACACACACACACAAAAACAGGCAGACAGUCAUACACACAGACACACACACACACAGUCACAAACAAACACAGGCAGACAGUCAUACACACACACACACAGGCAGACAGACAUACAUACACACAGGCAGACAGUCACAGACACACACACAGGCAGACAGUCAUACACACAGGCAGACAGUCACAGACGCACACACACACAGGCAGACAGUCACAGGCAGACAGUCAUACACAGACGCAGGCAGACAGUCACACACACAGGCAGUCACACUGACACUGACAAUCACACAUAGUUACCUCUGUUCAUUGUGGAGACAGUGCAGCUCCUAGAAACUGGUUGUUGGGGAAGCAGGGACUCCUUCCUGCUUCCCCUGCAGCACUUAUCCAACACUUUUAGCCCCUGCCGCACAGGAAUCUCCGCCUGCCCCACCACAAAAUGUAUUUAUUUAUUUUAAAUCCCGACGGCCCCUGCUCCAUUGCCCCCUACACUGUUACCAGCACACACACUCCCUCCCACACUGUCACCCUCACCUUUCCCACACACUGUCACCCUCACCUUCUGUAUCUGUGUGUCCUUGUGUGUCUGUGUAUCAGCGUGUAUCUGUGUACAUGAGUGUCUGUGUAUGGGAAACUAGGUAUCAUUGUGUGUGUGUGUGUCUCUGUGUGUAUCGCUGUGUCAAUGUGUGUAUUUGUGUGUCUGUGUGUGUACUGCACACAUACUCCAUACAAAAAACAUGCUGUCAUUCGAACACACAUUGUGUAUAUGUAUAUUUUAUAUACACAAUAUACACACACUGCAUCCACUACACACACACACUCAAUGCAUCCACUACACACGCACUGCAAUCAAACGCAAACAUUACAUACAAACACACCCCUGCAUUAAAACAUGCCAAUUUUAUGCAUCUAAAGCUGAUUACCAUUGUGUGCCAAGUUUAAGCCUCUGAAGCUGAUUGCCAUGAUGUGCCAAGUUUAUGCAUCUAAAAGUGAUUGCCAUCAUAUGCCAAGUUUAUGCAUCUAAAGCUGCUGUGAUGUUCCAAUUGUAUGCCUCUAAAAUCAAUUGCCAUGGUGUGCCAAUUUUAUGCCUCUGAAGCUGGUUGCCAUGGUGUGCCAAUUGUAAGCCUCUAAAACUGAUUGCCAUGAUGUGCCAAGUUUAUACAUCUAAAACUGAUUGCCAUGAUGUACCAGUUUUAUGCAACUAAAGCUGAUUGCCAUGGUGUGCCAAUUUUAUGCAUCUAAAGCGGAUUGCAUGGGGUGCCAACUGUAUGCCUCUAAAACUGAUUGCCACGGUGUGCCAAUGUAUGCAUCUAAAGCUGCCAUAAUGUUCCAAUUGUAUGCCUGUAAAGCUGAUUGCCAUGGUAUGCCAAUUGUAUGCAUCUAAAGCUGAUUGCCAUGGUAUGCCAAUUGUAUGCAUCUAAAGCGGAUUGCCAUGGUGUGCCAGUUGAAUGCAUCUAAAGCGGAUUGCCUUGGUGUGCCAACUGUAUGCCUCUAAAACUGAUUGCCACGGUGUGCCAAUUGUAUGCAUCUAAAGCGGAUUGCCAUGGUGUGCCAGUUGUAUGCAUCUAAGGCAGAUUGCCUUGGUGUGCCAACUGUAUGCCUCUAAAACUGAUAGCCAUGGUGUGCCAAUUUUAUGCCUCUAAAACUGCCAUGGUAUGCCAAUUGUAUGCAUCUAAAGCGGAUUGCUAUAGUGUGCCAAUUGUAUGCAUCUAAAGCGGUUUGCCAUGGUGUGCCAAUUUUAUGCCUCUAAAAGUAAUUGUCAUGGUGUGCCAAUUGUGUGCAUCUAAAGUGGAUUGCUAUGGUGUGCCAAUUGUAUGCCUCUAAAGCCGAAUGCCAUGGUGUUCACUUUUUAAAAUAUGCAUUAAAAGCAAGUGGGUCUCGAAAAAUUACCAUUUUGAAAAGUGGGUCUUGGCCCAUAAAUGUUUGGGAGGCCCUGGCUUGGAGGAAAGACGAGACAGGGAGGAUAUGAUAGAAACAUUUAAAUACAUAAAGGGAAUCAACACAGUAAAGGAGGAGACUAUAUUUAAAAGAAGAAAAACUACCACAACAAAUUAGAGGGACAAAGGUUUAAAAAUAAUAUCAGGAAGUAUUACUUUACUGAGAGGGUAGUGGAUGCAUGGAAUAACCUUCCAGCUGAAGUGGUAGAGGUUAACACAGUGAAGGAGUUUAAGCAUGAGUGGGAUAGGCAUAAGGUUAUCCUAGCUAUAAGAUAAGUCCAGGGACUAAUGAAAGUAUUUAGAAAAUUGGGCAGGCUAGAUGGGCCGAAUGGUUCUUAUCUGCCGUCACAUUCUAUGUUUCUAUGUUAAGUUGUUUUGGUGCCUAUAGUAUCCCUUUAAUGAAUCCCUUUUGGUGUAUAGAUCACGCCCCUACAAUCUCACUGCUCAAUUCUCUGCCAAAUCACUUUUGUUUUUGUUAUGCAGCCCUAGUCACAACUCCCUAGCUGUGACUCAGACCGCCUUAAUGAAAGAUUGGUUUAAUUUUAAUCAGAUCUUACACAGUGUAUUUACUUUAAACAUCUUUUUUCUUGCUCUGUAAGUUGAACUUUAUCACACACAGGCAGCUCCUGCAGGGUCUAGCAGGCAUUUAGAAGAGCAAAAGAUAAGGAAUCCUAAAUUGAACACACUGUGCAUUAAAUAGACCUCUCUUUACAGGAAGCGGAAACUGUAGACACUAGAGCUUUAAAAAGAAAGCGCAUUAACUUCUAAAUGGCAGAUAAUUGAACAGUUAUACUGCAGGGUAUAAAAACCACUUGAUUCAGCUGAAGUUGUUUUGAUGCUUAAAGUGUCCCUUCAAGUUUUAACAAAAUAUCAGCUCUGUGUGGUAAGAGUUAAAUAGUCCCACUGGAGAGAAUGGGAAUCUACUUUUGGGGUACUAAAAACAAGCAUGGAGUUGUAACUGUUAAAAUUGAAUAUAUUUCUACAGCACUCAUACCUCUCAACAAAUUAUUAUCCUUCAAAGAAAUUACCUGGAAGUAGUUUUAGAGGGAUAGAGAACUCGCUUAAUUGUGUAAAGAAGAGACCGGAUUCUAUUUAACACUCCUGCUUCGCUAGUAAUGUCACACACCGAGUAUGGUUGUAACGAUACUUUCCAUACUGGUCUGGCAAUACAAUAUUUAGAUAGUUUUAUUCUUUAUACCUGACCCCCAAUGAGUGAAUCUUAAUUUCAUGACACAAUUCAUUGUUUAUUUCCACUGAUGUCAAUUCAAUCUGAAAGGCUCUUAUCAAGAAUAAACUCUGUGUUACAUAAAAUAUAACUUCAAUCUGUUCGUCUGUAUUAAAACGUAAAAAUCUGUUAACUUGGGUGUUAAUUCAGUCCAUGGACAACAAACACUCCAGAACAGAAGCACAAGGGAGCUGUAGGCUGGCUGAAAACAUAGGGCCCCUGGCACAGUUGAGCACGAGCUAUAGCUAAAUCAGGAUGCAGGGAAAGGACCUUGUCUGCUAUGGAGCUAGGAGCAAUGUAACAACCUGGCAUAUCAUAAGGGACAUGAUGAACAAGGGCAGAUACAACCACUAUUAUGAUGUCAGAGACACAGGGGUAAUUGUUUUAUUCUAUUUUCUACUUUUUUUUUUACCAAAAUAUAUUAUUUACAGCUCCUCUUGUAUUUUUUGGUUUGCAUGUUUUUUUGCUCAGAAUGUAGCAAUCCCAGCUUAUAAAAAGUGCACUUUUCCCCAACAUUUUAUUUUUCUGCUCCUGUCAGAUGGGUGAGUUUUCUUUGACAGGUACUUCAAAGGUACAUUCUUACUUUUUUGGUCAGUGUAUAAAAAGAUAAUUUAAACUGUGACGGACAGAUUCAUGGGACAAAUCAGACAAGCUGGAAGCUCACUAUCCCUUGAUAAGGCAUUUAUAUUAUGACUACAAGUAUAUGUGUUUAAUCUGUUAGCCGCACUGUUAUCCUAUAAGAGUUCCAGAUUUUCUUACACCGCUUUAUGUAUGCCCACAAACAUAGACCAUGCCCCCUGAUACCUCAGGGUGAGGAAUGGCCAUGGCAUAAACCAGGAGCCAGCAGGUUAUGCCAAGUCUGAGCCUGACACUAUUAAAUUGUGAAUUGCGAUAAACUCACAAUCAAAUUGCUAAAUGAUUUUUAAAAAACAAUCAGGCUGUAAAACACAAAAUGCUCCUAUUUAUCAUAUUCAACUAGUUUGGUCUAUUUUUUUUUUAAUGGUGCAUUUCUUUAUACUAUGUAGCACUGGAAGGCUGUGUUAUGGUACAUGGAGUCCUGCCAUUCUGUUCAUUAGUGUUGUGCGAUUUGCCACCCUCCAAUCCAUGACAUCACAGGUGAAAACUAUACUCAUCCUGAUCCUUUCAAAACACUUCACACAUGUAUAGCUGAUAUUUUGCAGGCUGUCUCUUACCAUUAUGCAAUACAAAUGCAUGUGCAGCCAUGAGUAGUUUAUUUUAUAGGGGAGAAAAAAAAACAUAAAUGAAACUACUCAGAAAUCUAAAAGAAGAUGACUGGUGAUACUUUUGACAGCUGGACUACAUGUCCCUUAACCCCUUAGUGACCAGACCGCUUUUCCAAUUUUCUUACUGUUAAGGACCAGGGCUCUUUUUAAAUUUCUGCAGUGUUUGUGUUUAGCUGUAAUUUUCCUCUUACUCACUCAUUUACUGUACCCACACAUAUUAUAUACAGUUUGUCUCGCCAUUAAAUGGUCUUUCUAAAGAUACCAAUAUUUUCAUCAUAUCAUAUAAUUUACUAUUAAAAAAAAUUAUAAAAUAUGACGAAAAAAUGUAAAAAAACACACUUUUUCUAACUUUGACCCCCAAAAUCUGUUACGCAUCUACAACUGCCAAAAAACACCCGUGCUAAAUAGUUUCUAAAUUUUGUCCUGAGUUUAGAAAUGCCCAAUGUUAACAAGUAGCAUUUUGCUAUUUCCAAACCAUUUUUAUUCAAAAUUAACACAAAAUUAAAGUAACAUUGUAACACUGAAAUCUGUCAGGAAUCCCUGAAUAACCCUUCACAUGUAAAUAUUUUUUAAACGUAGACAACCUAAGGUAUUAAAAAUGGGGGUUUUUAACUCUUUUUUUUUUUUCAUGCAACCAUUUUACCACCAAUCUAUGCCAAAAUAAAAAUAAAUAAAUAAAUAAAUAAUCAUUUGUGAUUUGUUUGACACACAUAGCAAUUUAAGAAUACAUGUACAGAGAACUUUAAGGUUUACUGCCAAAGAACACCCUGAUAUGUGUUCAGCAACAUCUCCUGAGUACAGUGAUACCCCCCAUGUAUAGGUUUGUUGGGUGCGCAUUCCAGUUUUUCAACUUGGAAUUUUCACAGCUGGUGAUCAUGCACCCAUGUCCUAUUUGGGACAUUUUUGAAGCCGGCCAAUGUAAUUUACCCCCAUCAAAUCAUAUAUUUUUGAAAAGUAGACACCCUAGGGUAUUUCAGAUAGUGGUAUUUUAACACUUUCCAUGCGCUAAUUCUACCACCAGUCUUUGUCAAACUUCUGGGUAGUCAUUUUGUUGUGUUAUUUUUCUCUUACAUUGUACUUUAGGCAUGGAUUCUCAGUUCCUGUAAUGUGUUACUGACAAAGAACACCCCAAUAUGUGUUCAGCAACAUCUCACCGAGUACAACAGUGCCCCCAAUGUACAGGUUUCAUGGGUUUUUGCAAACUUACAGGGGUCAAAUGUAGAGCUUUCCCUUUUUCCAUGUUUGCACAUAGAAAUUUGCCAGAUUAGUUUGCUGGGCCUUUGAGACUGUAUAGCAGCCCAGGAAUGAAAAUUAACCCCAUCAUGGCAUACCAUUUGUAAAAGUAGACAACCCACGGUAUUCAAAAUGGGGUAUAUAUCCAGUCUUUUGUAGUAGCCACUUAGCCACAAACUCUUGCCAAAGUUAGCGUUCAUAUUUGUUUUUAGCAAUUUUUUUACACAAAAAAUACACCUUUACUGGUGAUUUCAUCGUCAUGAUAAGUUUUACUGUUUUAAACACUCAUAUUUGUGUUCAGCAAAGUCUCCCGAAUAUAACAAUACCCCCCCCCAAUGUACAGGUUUUAUGGUGGUUUGAAAAGGUACAGGGUCAAUAUAGGGCUUGCCCAGUUCAGUUUGCCUGAUUGGUUUGCUGGGUCUGUGUGGCCUUUUGAGACCAUAUGGUGGCCCAGGAAUGUGAAAUAACCCCCAUCAUGGCAUACCAUUUUCAAAUGUAGACAACCCAGGGUAUUCCAAAUGGAGUAUUUCCAGUCUUUUGUAGUAGCCACUUAGUCACAAACGCUGGCUAAAGUUAACAUUUUUAUGUUUUUUUGUGUGUUUUUUUUUUCCAAUUUAUACUAUAUAUCAAAAGUAGAUGGCUGACUCUCGGUCUUUAAAUAAAAAUGUACUUUUAUUCCAUAUUGUUAAAAACAGGAUCAACGUUUCAGUCCUCCCCAAGGACUUUCAUCAGGAUAAUAAACAUAUACAUGUUUAAUAGUGUGUGUAUACAUAAUAGUGACGUCAUCACGUGUAUGCCGUCGCCGUUGCCAUGGUGAAGUGGCAUGUUUAUAGUUUCUAAUAGAACGUGUAAACACCAACGUGAGUGCUUUCUGUGCUGUGCAAACUAAAUGUUAGUGCUCCAAAUACUUUAUAAAGGAUAGAUCACAGGCCUAAGUACGUGUAAUAUAUAUAUAUAAUCAGUCUUUAUGAAAUAAGACCUCACACCACUUGUGAAAAUAACAUUAAUGCAAUUAAUAAACACAUAUAAUGUAAGAACUGCCUUUUCAGAGUAAAGGCAGUGUUUACAUUGCUUCCUAGUGACACCUCUAGUGGCAGUCACUCAGGUGGCCACUAGAGGUGCUUCGUGUGCUUCGACUACUGCCCCUCCACUACUGAUGACAAAGUGCCAGCCAUCGUCAGUAGUGGAGGCGAGGAGCGACGUUCAGGGAAUCCCAGGUAAAAAGUCAGACUGCUCUAAAAUGGUUUGACUGCUUCCUGGCAGUGGCGUACACACAACCCAUGGGGCCCCAGUGCGAAAACUGAUCCGUGGCCCCCCCAGCUUACUCUGCGCGGGCCGGGGCCGCAACCCAUGGCGGCGGGCACCUGGUCGCAGGGCUGGGACCCCUGCAACCGCGGUAUGUACGCCAGUGCAUGCAGAUACACAUACACUUAAAGGACCACUACAGACACCCUGAUCACAUCAGCUCAAUGAAGUGGUCUGGGUGCCAGGUCCCUCUAGUUUUAACCCUGCAGCUGAAAACAUAGCAGUUUCAGAGAAACUGCUAUGUUUCACUGAGGGUUAAUCCAGCCUCUAGUGGCUGUCUCAUUAACAGCCGCUAGAGGAGCUUCCGCGAUUCUCACUGUGAAAAUCACAGCGGUUUGAAUCCGCGCGCGGCUCUUGCUGCGCAUGCGCAUUAGGAGCUGAAAGGCGGAUCGGGACGGAGAGAUCCCCAGCGCCAAGGGAGUCCAGCGCUGGAGAAAGGUAAGUGCCAAAGACACACACACUCUCACGAACAGCUGCAUACACACUAGCUAACAGACACACACAUUUACUGACAGACACACACUCAGUGACAGACAUACAUACACACUCACUGACAGACAGACACAUACACACUUACAAAACACACACUCUAACACUAACACACACACUCUAACACACACACACUCUAACACUAACUCACACACACGCGCUUUUUUAACACAGUAACACACUAACACACACACUCUAACACUCACACUCUAACACUAACACACACACUCUAACACUCACUCUAACACUAACACACACACACACUCUAACACUAACACACACACACGUUUUUUUUAAACACAGUAACACAUUAACAGUAACACACACACACAUUUUUUAAAAAAUUUUUAAUCCCCCCAGCCUCCCUACCUUUGGGAGUGCUGAGGGGAUUCCCUGGCGUCCAGUGGUGUCACCCGGCAGGCUGGCUGGCGGGCGCGCGAGGGAGUGCUCUCCCUGAGUGCUUCCUGUUCAGCUCCCUCGCGCGGGGAGAUUGCUCCCUCGCGCGCCCGCCAGCCUGCCAGCUCGCCCGGUGGCCACAGUGGGUACAAACUGGGUCGCAGGGCGGCCGGGCCCCCUGGUGGGCUGGGCCCGGUUGCAGCCGUGACCCUGGUAUGUACGCCACUGACUCCUGGCACUAUCACCACUACAGCGAGCUUGGGGUGUUCCUUUCAUUUCAACAUUCAAUUUCAAAGUUUGUUAUUUAUGCGUGUCAAUAAUUGGUCUAGGAUCAAGAUAACCAUUUAUUAACAGAAUAUUAUUAUUAUAUACAAUAUUUACUAUAUUUUAAAUGAAUGCCAUAGUCUCUCUAAAGCUUUUUGUUUCAUGUAGGCCUGUAAACACAGAUACAUGAAUUCAGGACAGCUGAAAAUGCUCUCAAUACUAUAGAACACACUAAAUGUAAUCAUAUGGAACACGCUAAAUAUAAGAAUGACUUUGGGGCUUUAUUUUUUUUAUGCUGAUCACGAAAAAAUUCACUGAUCAAAUGCUUAUGGAUAAAAAUGUCUCUUUUCGCAUUACUAACCUAAAGGUUAAAAAUGUGUUUUCCUUGAGUCUAAUGAAUGUAAUGAUUGCUUCCUCUUGCUGUUUUUUCAGGCUACAGGACAAAUUCAGGCAAAGCCAAGCUGUAACAAUCUACAGAAAAGGUAAGGUCUCAUUAAACCUUUGACCACAGUACAAGUCAUUCUAAGAGGUUUCAAGAAUUUAAGCCUGAAAAAAUGUCAUUACUUUAUAUGAUGGUAUUAUGUUAUUGUGUCUUUGAAAAAAAGUUUAUUUUAUUCAAUGACAGUAUGUUGGCUCGUACUCUUUUGUAGUAGGUCUUUUUUUAUUGACGCUGCAGAUUUGGUAUUAUACCACAUGUGCAAUUAAAGUGGAUCUGCCAUUAUUUUUAUUGUUUUGUAUUUCAUUUCUUUAUGGUAAAUUUUCAAAAUUUAUUUUCAUUUCUGAUGUGCAUUUUAUUAAGUUAUUGUUAGGUAACCAUAGAUAAUAUAACAAGAGUAACUGCGCUUCCUAUAGUUAAUAAAACAACUGUCACUCUAUAGCACUAUACUUCCAUUUGGCCCUCCCCGGUUGGUGCUAAUGCGCAUACACAGUGAGGACGUCCAGCGGCAGGUAACCAAAAGUCACCUAUGAAGCAGGAAGUGCCUCUAGUGGCUGCAGGGGCCAAUGACCUAAAGUGGUUUGGUUGCCUAUAGAGUCCUUUUAGAUAAAAUAUAGUAAAUGACUAUGAUAAGACUUGGAAUUAAAACUAAUUGCACUUAAAGGAACACUAGUGUCAGGAAUACAAAUGUGUAUUCCUGACACUAUAGGUCUCCCCUCCCCGCCACCUCUGGUUAAAAAAGGUGAUUUACUUACCUUUCUCCAGUGCCGCCCGUGUCAUGAUGAUCUCAGCCAAUCUCUAUGGGGAAAGUUCAGUGCCGCCAUGCAGAGCGUUGUGCAACACUGAUCCAAGAAGCACCUAUAUUGCCCAUCUGAGUGACUGCCACUAGGUGUUCCUAAGCAAUAAUUCAAACACUGCCUUUUCUUCUCUGAUUGAUGUAAUUUCCCCCGUCUUUGCUUUCUUCCUGCUUCCUGUAUUUCAGCCAGACUGUCCACCAAUGGACAUGCUCCAGUGAUUCUCUAUGAGAAUCAGUAAUGGCACGCCCACAAUGACUGCCCACCAAUGGCCAUACUCCAGUGAUUUUUCUAUGAGAAUCAGUAAUGACACGCCCACAAUGUCUGUCCACCAAUAGCCAUACUCCAGUGAUUCUCUAUGAGAAUCAGAAAUGACACGCCCACAAUGUCUGUCCACCCAUGGCCAUACUCCAGUGAUUCUCUAUGAGAAUCAGUAAUGACACGCCCACCAAUGGCCAUGCUCCAGUGAUUCUCUAUGGGAAUCAGAAAUGACACGCCUACAAUGACUGCCCACCAAUGGCCAUGCUCCAGUGAUUCUCUAUGAGAAUCAGUAAUGACACGCCGACAAUGUGUCCACCAAUGGCCAUGCUCCAGUGAUUCUCUAUGGGAAUCAGAAAUGACACGCCUACAAUGACUGCCCACCAAUGGCCAUACUCCAGUGAUUUUCUAUGAAAAUCUGUAAUGACACGCCCAUCAAUGGCCAUGCUUCAGUGAUUUUCUUUGAGAAUCAGUAAUGACAUGUCUUGGUGGGCGUGCUGGAGCUUAGUGAUGCAAUUUGCAUCACUGAACAACUGCCCACAAUGGCUGCCCAAGAAGUACUUAAUCUACGUUACACUACAUAUACUGCAUUCAGACACUAGAACUUGCAUACCACAUCUCAUACAUGCACACACAUAUCAUCACUACAUUACGUAUCAUAUACUGUCAUAUGUUUAUUAUAAAUAAAUACAAAGAGACAGAUAAACUCUAUAUUCUAUAUCUAUCUAUGUAUAUCUGCCUAAAUAUAUAUCCCUCUGGUAACCCCUUCCUUGCCAGUCCCUGUUAUCCACCCAUCCCUCUGGUAACCCCUUCCUUGCCAGUCCCUGUUAUCCACCCAUCCCUCUGGUAACCCCUUCCUUGCCAGUCCCUGUUAUCCACCCAUCCCUCUGGUAACCCCUUCCUUGCCAGUCCCUGUUAUCCACCCAUCCCUCUGGUAACCCCUUCCUUGCCAGUCCCUGUUAUCCGCCCAUCCCUCUGGUAACCCCUUCCUUGCCAGUCCCUGUUAUCCGCCCAUCCCUCUGGUAACCCCUUCCUUGCCAGUCCCUGUUAUCCGCCCAUCCCUCUGGUAACCUCUUCCUUGCCAGUCCCUGUUAUUCGCCCAUCCCUCUGGACCCCCUGUGACGGACCCGCUGGCACUCCGACCGAGUACCUCCGCCAAUCGAUGCUCCUAGUGCUUGCCGAGGACUCCAAGCACUCCAACCGACACCAUCAGCACUGCAGACUUAUCCCAUCCCCCAAGCAUGAGCCAAGGCUUCAAGAAAGGGUCAAGCAGGUCUGUUUAAUGAGCACACAAAAGCAACAGCACUCACGCAGCAAAACAACUCCUCCUCAGAGGAAAACAAAAUGACAGUUAAAAGGGUCAGACAGUGUUUGAAAAUAUGACACUUAUUAAGGGUUUAACUGGUGUUCUAAAAGGGAGGGAAUAAAACAGUCAAACUAAGUCCAUAAAACAGGGGUUUUCUUCACACUCUGCAUCCAAAGUGCAUAGCAAAACUGCAGAUCCUUUGUCAGAGCAUUUAAAAGGCCAGAACCAGUCUAAUAAAAUCCACUAUUGCCAAAUAACGUAUUUAAAGGGCAAAAUCUUCCAGGGGCCAUAGUCACAGGGCAGGAGGCUGGCAAUUAGUCCUCUCCAGGCACAAGUGGUGAAGGGCACUUCGUCACAACCCCUUCCCCGCCAGACCCUGUUAUACUUGUAAUAUAUAUAUAUAUGUAUGCAGAUAUUGCACUGCUAAGUACAAAGUGAACCAUUAGAAUGACGGAGAUACAUGAUGCCAGUCAGCUAGCUGUACUGGGACUAUGAGGGAAGAGGCUACUAGAGGAAUGGGGCAGAUAACAGAGACAGGCAGGUAAAUGGUUACCAGAGGGAUAGGCGGAUAGCAGAGAAGGUAGGGCGGAUAACGGGCUGGAGGGGAAGAGGUUAACAGUGGGUAGUGAGGUUUGCUGACAGGGGCUAGAGGGGUAUUUAUUACUUGCAUUAUAGGGAGGUAGAGGAGCACAUAUGGGGUGGCUGGGGGAUAUCAAAGAAAGGUGGAAGGGAAUGAGACCAGAAUAAGGAUACAUUAAAGCUAGGAAAUCGAGACGCGUUUCGCCUCAAAUUUGGCUCUCAGUGGUGCUCAUUAAUAGUAGUAACCAAACUGAAAGCACAUUUGGCUAUUUUGGCUUUAAAUUUGAAAUUAAUUGCAUUUGAGCUUUAAACAAUUCUCAACAAUUUUAGUAAAUAACACUAAUAGAAAACAAUGAUGGAGAAUUCAAUUAACCCCAAAGAAAAUAAAUAUACUUCAAGCACUAUAUAACCACCGUGCCCAGAUUGAUUACUGAUAGAGACCGAUAAUUAGGCCAACAAUAGAAGAAAGAAAAUAUACAAAGAGGACUACUCACGUGUUAAUAUUAUGGACAUUGACUAGGGAUAUUGCUAAUUCUAUAUUAUUUACAAAUCAGAGUUCAGAAUGUAUACCAUAUAUGAUAAAGAUAUAUUACUGCAUUUAUAUGCAACUUGCUAUCUGCUUAGCCCAUCAUGCAUUGCUGGCGAUCGUAGAUGGAUCUGUGUACCCUGCAUUUAUUAAAUACACUUUGAGCAAAUCAAGAGCAAACAUGGGCUAUUUCAGUCACAUCGGAGUGCCUACAAAAUGUAUUAAUGUGAGACUCCUCUCCCAGCGUACCACUAGUAGAAACUCUGAUAGUAGUUAGAAUCAGCUGGCAUACACAGGCCUUUUAAGAUCUGCAGUGAUAUACAUUUUGUUUAGUGAUAUUAUUUGCAGUGUAUUAAUUUAAAAAAAAACAAAUGGCAAAAUACGAUUUGUACAGAUGUACUCUCUUAAUUACUCAACUUACAUGAGAGGCCCUAAAAACUAAUUAAUAAAUGUUAAUAAAUGUUUGUGUGCGGUAAAAAUGAUUAAUACAGAAUAUUAGAAUGAAUAGGUAGCAGGUUCUGUGAUUUGGCUGUUAAUAAGGUCCCAAACUGGCUGUCAAGUUGAAAGGGACCAGUAAGGCUCUCUGGUGUUAGAGAUGCAUUAUGUGACACCGUUCCUGUUCUGACACAAAACAUUAAGUGGAUCCAAAGCUAGCACCAAUCAAUUAAAUAAUUCCUUUUAUGUCCAAGGGGUUAUGCAACAUGAAGCGAAUCUAACAUUAGACCCUGGGGAAAUGAACGUUCCCAGUUUUAUGGCAUUCAAACAAAUGAUGAAUGCUUCCUUCAUUACCCAGGAGAUUGCAGCCUCCUCUCUCAGUGGAAUGAGAUUUUGAUUCUUGUGGAGGAAGUGCCUCCUUAGAUUCCUGAUAAUAUAUAUUGGGUGAAGUCCAUCAGGCAGCCAUAAUGUGUCCAUUAGAUACUGUCAUGAUCUUUCCAACAAGCAACUGGCGGACACCAAAGGGAGUAAUUAAACGUAAGUGCAAUAUUCAGGAGAUUUGAAGGCAACAUCCUAUAGUCUCCGCUUGCACACCAUUUCACAUUCUGCUUGUUUCUCAGGCCAUCUUUACCCCAUAAUAUAUGGAUAGACAUUCAAAGAACUGGAUAUUUUUCAAUAUUUUAUUUACACUACCAUCAGUUCCUGUAUCUCUGCUUGAAAUCCCUGAAUCUAUCUAUGAAGUAGAAUUAGAUUUAGAAAACAACAUUAUGCUGUUGCUGUUACCUCGGCAACUUGUCUAUAUCUAAAACAUGGCGACAAUACUCACACUGCAUUAUAAGCAGACAUAUAGUAUUCACACUGCAUCCUAAACACGUAUACAGUGUUCCUACAGCACUGUAUUGUACUUAAAUUUUCAUUGUGAACGUAUAUAGAUUGUCCACACAGCAUCAUACACAUGUACAGAGUAUUCACAAUUAAUAACACACGUUAUUGUUAGACACACACUUAAAACUAGUAUUUGUAUUGCAAUGUGAACAUGCAUAAGCAGAGGUAUAUCAUUCGAUGAGAAGUGCUGCUGUGUAUGGCAUACUAUAGGCUAAAUAGUGCUAUUAUAUAACCUGCCUCAUAUAGCGUACUAUAGGCUGAAUAUUGCUGUGCAUUCUAUGGUGCCACGUAGCAUACUGUGUAACCUGAAUACAUAUAGCAUACUGUGUAACCUGGAGACAUAUAGCAUACUAUGUAACCUGAAUACAUAUAGCAUACUGUGUAACCUGCCUCAUAUAGCGUACUAUAGGCUGAAUAUUGCUGUGCAUUCUAUAGUGCCACAUAGCAUACUGUGUAACCUAAAUACUGCCUCAUAUAGCAUACUGUGUAACCUGAAUACAUAUAGCAUACUGUGUAACCUGAAUACAUAUAGCAUACUGUGUAACCUGGAUACAUAUAGCAUACUGUGUAACCUGAAUACAUAUAGAAUACUAUGUAACCUGAAUACAUAUAGCAUACUGUGUAAUCUGGAGACAUGUAGCAUACUGUGUAACCUGGAGACAUAUAGCAUGCUAUAGGCUGAAUAUUGCUGUGCAUUCUAUAGUGCCACGUAGCAUACUGUGUAACCUAAAUACUGCCUCAUAUAGCAUACUGUGUAACCUGGAUACAUAUAGAAUAUUGUGUAACCUGAAUACAUAUAGAAUACUAUGUAACCUGAAUACAUAUAGCAUACUGUGUAACCUGGAGACAUAUAGCAUACUAUAGGCUGAAUAUUGCUGUGCAUUCUAUAGUGCCACGUAGCAUACUGUGUAACCUAAAUACUGCCUCAUAUAGCAUACUGUGUAACCUGGAUACAUAUAGAAUAUUGUGUAACCUGAAUACAUAUAGCAUACUGUGUUACCUGAAUACAUAUAGCAUACUGUGUUACCUGGAUACAUAUAGAAUAUUGUGUAACCUGAAUACAUAUAGCAUACUGUGUAACCUGGAUACAUAUAGCAUACUAUAGGCUGAAUAUUGCUGUGCAUUCUAUAGUGCCACAUAGCAUACUGUGUAACCUAAAUACUGCCUCAUAUAGCAUACUGUGUAACCUGGAUACAUAUAGAAUAUUGUGUAACCUGAAUACAUAUAGCAUACUGUGUAACCUGGAUACAUAUAGCAUACUGUGUAACCUGGAUACAUAUAGCAUACUGUGUAACCUGGAUACAUAUAGCAUACUGUGUAACCUGGAUACAUAUAGCAUACUGUGUAACCUGGAUACAUAUAGCAUACUGUGUAACCUGGAUACAUAUAGCAUACUGUGUAACCUGAAUACAUAUAGCAUACUGUGUAACCUGAAUACAUAUAGCAUACUGUGUAACCUGGAUACAUAUAGCAUACUGUGUAACCUGGAUACAUAUAGCAUACUGUGUAACCUGGAUACAUAUAGCAUACUGUGUAACCUGAAUACAUAUAGCAUACUGUGUAACCUGAAUACAUAUAGCAUACUGUGUAACCUGGAUACAUAUAGCAUACUGUGUAACCUGAAUACAUAUAGCAUACUAUGUAACCUGGAUACAUAUAGCAUACUGUGUAACCUGAAUACAUAUAGCAUACUGUGUAACCUGAAUACAUAUAGCAUACUGUGUAACCUGGAUACAUAUAGCAUACUGUGUAACCUGGAUACAUAUAGCAUACUAUGUAACCUGAAUACAUAUAGCAUACUGUGUAACCUGAAUACAUAUUGCAUACUGUGUAACCUGGAUACAUAUAGCAUACUGUGUAACCUGAAUACAUAUAGCAUACUGUGUAACCUGAAUACAUAUAGCAUACUAUGUAACCUGGAUACAUAUAGCAUACUAUGUAAGCUGAAUACAUAUAGCAUACUAUGUAACCUGGAUACAUAUAGCAUACUAUGUAACCUGAAUACAUAUAGCAUACUAUGUAACCUGGAUACAUAUAGCAUACUAUGUAACCUGGAUACAUAUAGCAUACUAUGUAACCUGGAUACAUAUAGCAUACUAUGUAACCUGAAUACAUAUAGCAUACUGUGUAACCUGGAUACAUAUAGCAUGCUAUAGGCUGAAUAUUGCUGUGCAUUCUAUAGUGCCACGUAGCAUACUGUGUAACCUAAAUACUGCCUCAUAUAGCAUACUAUGUAACCUGAUACAUAUAGCAUACUAUGUAACCUGAAUACAUAUAGCAUACUGUGUAACCUGGAUACAUAUAGCAUACUGUGUAACCUGAAUACAUAUAGCAUACUAUGUAACCUGAAUACAUAUAGCAUACUAUGUAAGCUGGAUACAUAUAGCAUACUAUGUAACCUGGAUACAUAUAGCAUACUAUGUAACCUGGAUACAUAUAGCAUACUAUGUAACCUGGAUACAUAUAGCAUACUAUGUAACCUGAAUACAUAUAGCAUACUAUGUAACCUGGAUACAUAUAGCAUACUAUAGGCUGAAUAUUGCUGUGCAUUCUAUAGUGCCACGUAGCAUACUGUGUAACCUGAAUACAUAUAGCAUACUGUGUAACCUGAAUACAUAUAGCAUACUAUAAGCUGAAUAUUGCUGUGCAUUCUAUAGUGCCACGUAGCAUACUGUGUAACCUGGAUACAUAUAGCAUACUGUGUAACCUGAAUACAUAUAGCAUACUAUAAGCUGAAUAUUGCUGUACAUUCUAUAGUGCCACGUAGCAUACUGUGUAACCUGGAUACAUAUAGCAUACUGUGUAACCUGAAUACAUAUAGCAUACUAUAAGCUGAAUAUUGCUGUACAUUCUAUAGUGCCAUUCUAAACUAAUCCGACCUCAGUUAGAUAAGAAGACUGCACAUAAAUGAUUGGCCUUUAUCAUACUAACUGUACGUUGCUGUUUCGUGUUCAUGUUGCAGUGACUGCACCGUAGUUAGGAUGACAAAAAGCAAGCACUAUUAUUACUACAACGUAUUGUACACUUUAUCACUAAAACCUGCCUUAUCAGUCUGUAUUUUGGUGAUUUUCAUCUUCUCCGGCAGAGUAGAAAGGUUUUCAUGCUGAAUGAAUCCAUAUUGAAAAUGCAAUGCACAGGAUGCAUUCAACCAAAUGUAGCCUUUUUAUUCUCAAAGCUAGUAACAGCCAGAAUUAUUCAUUGCCUAAUGAAAUUCAUCUCUAAAUGCUAUUUCCUUAAUUUUCCUAAUAGACCAUUUUAUGACUUUUUCCACUAAUUAGGAGUUUGAUUUAGUCCUCCAGCUGUUUAGUUUCUAUCUUAAGGCAUUCAAGCAAAAUUGCAAUUAAGCAGCAUGACACCCCAGAUAAAUAAAGAAUUUGUAAUUUGAGAAAUACUGAUUAUUUUUUUUUUAAUAUCUGAUGUUCACACCUACAUUUGUGUUCCGAGUCUGCAGUCGUCAUGACUGUGACAUUUUUGCAUUACGCCAAACUAGCAAGUGGGCACAAAGAAACCCUUUGCAUAGAACAGGUUGGAUUUGAGUUGUGCAAAAUAAUAUGAGUUAACCAAAUUUGUAUCAGAUGUUGGUUAGCAAGUAUAUUGUGGGUCUUUUUUUUUCUUCCUGAGUGGGUUGUGAUGUCAGUCCUGUAUACCGAUAAUUCACCAUCCACUAACCGUAGUGCAUUGUGUGAUAGCAAAGAGUGUGUUAAUAUUUCCCAACUUAACCACAUCCACAUGAAUCCAAAUACGCAGUCUAAGGUGGGCAUUCUUUUACCCAACAAAGACAUUUCACGGGGUCCACCUUCUAAUCUGUACCAUGACAUCCCAUCUUUUCUAUCCAGCACCGACUCACCUCCAUUUGUUGCCUUAUAUAAGCCAUAGGCUGCUUGUGCAUCAUGGGAACUGUAGUUCAGUAAGAAUGCAGGAAAUCAAUGCUAACAUAGGUCUUGAUUUGAUAUUGUUGGAUACGCUUUCCAAAGUAUUUAAUAUUUUUGGAUACAAUUUUAAAGCUGUUCAAUAUCAUGAAAAACAUUUGUAUUAGCAAAAUUUGGGGGGGGAUCAUCAUAAAUGUGUACUCAAAAACAUGAAAUAAUUUGGAAAACUUAUCCAACUAUAUUGAAACCAUAACCAUAUUUUAAACAUACUACAAUUGUAAUUUGUAAGGCUAUCAUAUUAGUUCUGACUACCAUAAAAUAAUAAUAAUAAUAUAUCAUAAUAUUGCAUUUUGAGCUUAUUGGACACCACUGCUCUUCAAAUCUAGCCUUGCAUAUUAAGUGUGGAGCAUUGUUCAGUGGUGUCCGACUUAUAUGUGUUUAUUAUACAAAUGCCAACUCCUGGCGUUAUAUGUCCCCCAAGAACUAGUUUAGAUAUUUAUUAACCAAUCCAUAAUUAAAAAUAUAUUUCAUAUAGCAACAGGUAGUAAAGGGGUGAUACUUGUGACAGAAAGCAGGAGAAAUGCCUGUAUGAGUGUUCUCCUGCUCAGAUUUAUGACAACACUUUGCUAAAGAAUUGAUUGAUAGUUGUGGGAAGGACCUAUUUAUAGAUUGUUUGAUUUUUUUUCUCCUAAUCUAUACAAUUGCUUCAAAUUUUGCUAGCACAAUGUACAGAUGGAAUGUAAUUUACAUUUAAAUGUAAUAAACAUAUGCGUCCCAUGGCAGGUACGCUUUAAGGAAGUGGCGUGCAAGGAAAUGCUUCCGAUGCAGAGCCAUAAGUAGGGCCAAAAUUAUCCGAAAAUAUAAUCGGCUCAACGUGUAGGGUGUACCAGAGAAGCUAAAAGUCCUUAUGUUUUAUCCAUGCCCCUACUUUCAUUAGUAGGUGCUUUUUAUUUUAAUUUAAUCCAUGAAUUAUGAACCCAUGACUUAUUAAACAUUCAGUGUGAAUUAUAUAAUGUAAUGCUCGUUGGUCAAAAAGACGUCCUGGUAUAUUAGAGUUAACAGCCUGUGCUGUAUUCUGAAAUGUCUUAAUAGACUCUGAAGUAUCUGAAAGGUAAUUUAGCUGGGAGAAUGUCGUCGAUCAAUAUAGUCGCUUCCUUCUGGUUAAUGCAACACAUUUAUUAAGAGUGAAUGCUUUGUGCCAUGAGACUGUCUCUUUUGUCUUUUUAGUGGCCCAAAAGUAACCUAAAAGAAGAAUUACAUGUCAUAUAUCCUGUAAACUGAAUGAUUGAGGGGGAUGAUAUUUCCAUUGGUAAAUAGGAAUUAAGUUUUUCCCCUCUGUAGCCCAUGCAUGUUUUCAAUGUCUUAUUGAUUUUUUUUGAUUGGGUAACUAAAAUUAUAGAUCAGGGUGAUGCAGUAGACAUUGCUUACCUAGAUUUCAGUAAGGCUUUUGACACUGUUGCACAUAGAAGGCUUAUCAAUAAACUGCAAUCUUUAAGUUUGGAUUCCAAUAUUGUUGAAUGGGUAAGGCAGUGGCUGAGUGACAGGCAACAGAAGGUUGUAGUUAAUGGAAUAUAUUCGAAGCAUGGGCUUGUCACCAGUGGGGUACCUCAGGGAUCUGUACUUGGACCCAUUCUCUUUAAUAUUAUUAUUAGUGAUAUUGCAGAAGGUCUUGAUGGUAAGGUAUGUCUUUUUGCUGAUGAUACUAAGAUAUGUAACAGGGUUGAUGUUCCAGGAGGGAUAAGCCAAAUGGAAAAUGAUUUAGGUAAACUAGAAAAAUGGUCAGAGUUGUGGCAAGUGACAUUUAAUGUGGAUAAGUGCAAGAUAAUGCAUCUUGGACGUAAAAACCCAAGGGCAGAGUACAGAAUAUUUGAUAGAGUCCUAACCUCAACAUAUGAGGAAAGGGAUUUAGGGGUGAUUAUUUUUGAUGACUUAAAGUUAGGCAGACAAUGUAAUAGAGCAGCAGGAAAUGCUAGCAGAAUGCUUGGUUGUAUAGGGAAAGGUAUUAGCAGUAGAAAGAGGGAAGUGCUCAUGCCAUUGUACAGAACACUGGUGAGACCACACUUGGAGUAUUGUAUGCAGGACUGGAGACCAUAUCUCCAGAAGGAUAUUGAUACUUUAGAGAGAGUUCAGAGAAGGGCUACUAAAUGGGUGUGUACAUAACAACAACAACAUUUGUUAUUUAAACUGAACCUUGUGAAUUAUCUAACAGGAACAGUAUUGCAUGGAACAUCACGUGGGUGCGUACAAUUUUUUUUUUUUUUAAAUUCUUUAUUUUCAUUGGUACAUAUAUGCUUGCAUUGCCCCAACAGCUAGUGCAAGUUGUUCAAUCAGCAGGGUAAACAAUUGUCAGCAUUGAUAAUAUGGCACAUUUUGAAAUAUAUAGUAAUAUAAGAAGUAAUGAAUAGUUAAGUAACUGUAAUGCAUUUCCUGCCUACGGCUAGUGACCAAUAGGUAAGUGUGCAGCGCAUGUAAUAAAUUCACAAAGAUAUAUAUAUCAGUGGUGCUUCCACCUUAGGUGAAUGUGUAAGUCAAAUAGAAGUAAGGAUAAAUACCCCAAUGUAACAGAUGUCAGUAGGUAUUAGCCCUGUACAAAAAAACAGGAAAAUCAUAGCAUAAACAAUGGUGAGUAGAUCUAAUGUGGUAGUCUAUAUAGUCCAACUCACAUAUGAUGGAGCCUGUUAACAAAGGAACUGGCUCAGGUAGUGUCACUUAGAGAAACGUUCUCAGAUGAAUUCCAAAAGGAUGGAGCUUGAUCCUCAAUAUAUAUAGGAGGAAAAGGAUAGGCAAACACCAAUUAGAAGUAUAACAACAAUUUCAUUUAUUAAAAAAAUAUAAAAUCUUACAUUCAGAAUUCUGUGAUGCCAUAAAAGAGCACAACGCAUUUCGACGAUAUUAUUCGUCUUCCUCAGGUGCAAUAAUAAAAACAAACUCCAUACACAUUUUAAAAAGAAUUUUGACGUUGAAAACGGGUACUUGGAACCCGCCCCCUUUGCCCAUAAACCAAUCAAAUCUGUCCAUUUCAUCAUCCAAUCCGGACUUUAAUAAUACCGUAAUCAUAUCCCCCUACUUCUGUGUUCGUGCGUUCCACCACUGGUACUUCCGGGUUCGCGUGCGUGCCACCUGUAGUACUGGUGCGUUCCACCACUCUUACUUUUUCUUCCCUAUGCGUCUCGCCUCAAAAUUCAAUAUGUUCAUUACGGACUGCUUAUCGCAGUUUUCAAAAUCCCUUAUUAUUCAUAUAGUAGUCCUUACAUAUAAGUAAUCAGGAUGGCUCAGAGAAAAAAGGGAAACACAUGAAAAUGUAAUCAGUAAAAACAACAACAAAUAAAAGAAUUUUUCAGGAUAAAAAUAAUAAUAAAAUAUUCUAAUAAUACAUGAAAAGGAUAUAAAAGUUAUCAUAUAUAAUUAUACAUCUCAAAAUCAAUAAUUAAGCCGUUAGGAGAGAGGGUUUCUAAUUCAAAAAUCCAUUUCAUCUCAGUUUUAUUUAAGAUUCUUAAAUGCUAAUUUUUUGUUUCACCAUUGUGAAUUUGGUUAAUAUGUGCUGAUACUAUCGUCGAAACGCGUUGUGCUCUUUUAUGGCAUCACAGAAUUCUGAAUGUAAGAUUUUAUAUAUUUUUUUAAUAAAUGAAAUUGUUGUUAUACUUCUAAUUGGUGUUUGCCUAUCCUGUUUCUCCUAUAUAUUGAGGAUCAAGCUCCAUCCUUUUGGAAUUAAUCUGAGAACGUUUCUCUAAGUGACACUACCUGAGCCAGUUCCUUUAACAGGCUCCAUCAUUUGUGAGUUGGACUAUAUAGACGACCACAUUAGAUCUAUUCACCAUUGCAGUGCCCUCCUGUAUACUCGUAAGAUGGCAAGUACUGUUUGUUCCUAUGGUGGAGGGGUUGGGGUGUUUAAGUGGAGCCAGAUCAGUGUGAGGGUAUUUCUCUUGGAGGUUAUGCAAGUAUGCCUUAAUUAUAAAACAAAAUUAACGUUAAAGGACCACUCUAGGCACCCAGACCACUUCAGCUUAAUGAAGUGGUCUGGGUGCCAGGUCCAGCUAGGUUAACCCAUUUUUUUAUAAACAUAGCAGUUUCAGAGAAACUGCUAUGUUUACAAAUGGGUUAAUCCUUCCCCCAAAGCCUCUAGUGGCUGUAUCAUUGACAGCCGCUAGAGGCGCUUGCGUGAUUUGAGAACAUGCAAGCGUCCAUAGGAAAGCAUUGAUAAUGCUUUCCUAUGCGACCGGCUGAAUGCGCGCGCAGCUCUUGCCGCGCAUGCGCAUUCAGCCGACGGGGAAGAACGGAGGAGGAGAGCUCCCCGCCCAGCGCUGGAGAAAGGUAAGUUUUACCCCCUUUCCUCUCCCCAGAGCCGGGCAGGAGGGGGACCAAGAGGGUGGGGGCACCCUCAGGGCACUAUAGUGCCAGGAAAAAGAGUAUGUUUUCCUGGCACUAUAGUGGACCUUUAACUUUAAAACGAUGCACAUGGAAAAUUAUGGAACUGUGAGCUAUAUAUAACAGCCACUACAUUGUUAAUUAUUUACAGGAAAGUUCAGGGCACCGAAGUGGAUGCUGUUUCUCCUCGUUGGGCCGCCGGUAUGAACGGGUGUGCUGUAGCUGGAUUCCAGGCCGUGGGUGUCAUCUUUGGGUCAACUGUAGCUUGUUCAGGUGUUUGCUCUCCCAGCGCCAGUUUCUGUAGUGUGGCUGGGAUCUCGGCCGCUUCUCGUACUUUGAGGUUGCCAGUCUCCCUGGGUAUGAGCACCAUCGGUAGGGUAUAUCAUGUGUAAGGAGCUUUGUAGUUAAGGGUCUCAGGGACCUUCUCCAAUCCAUGGUGGCUUUGGAUAUGUCAGGGAAUGUCCUUCAAAGUGUAGGGUUUUUUUUCUUUUGCGCACUGCUGCCAUGAAGGCCGUGCGGUCUCUGCCUUGUUGGAAGUGCACAAUUGCAUCUCUCCCUCCCUCUAAGGUACUUGUCUUGGGUUUGGUGAUCCGAUACCAGCUGUCUAGUGGCAUCCCUUUGGCCUGUUUGGCAGGAAAGAGUGAUCCGAGCAUUCUGCGGAACAUGUGUGGUAGUUCUGCGGUCUCCACCGCAUCAGGUAGGCCGCGGUUUUUAACGUUCUUCCAGCGCCUCUGAUCUUCAAGUGCAGCCAUGCUGUCUUGAUGUUGUCGUUGGGCUUUUUGUAGGACCAAGAGUUGUUGCUCUACCGUUGCUAGUCUGCUCUCCUGUGCGGCAGUGUCAAGCUCUGUGUUUUGCAUGCGGGCCGAUACUCCGCUGAUUUCUUCACGGAACGUGCCGAUGUAAGCUGCAAUACUGCGGCGCAGCUCACCAAGCAUGUCCCUCAGCUUCUCCUCCGUGAUUGAGGUUUCGCAGAUGAGUGGGUCGGUCUGCUCCUAGCUUGAGUGCCGUAGUCACCCUCAUCAGACCCAGAAGCCUCGCUAGAUGAGUUAUAGAGGCCUUCUAUCUGAGACGCCAUUGCGGGCCUUUGGGAGUUUUGGGGCCUCCGCAGGAGGACUCUGAUAUCAGCCAUUGUAGGGGGUUUAUCCAGCUUCGUUUUUUUAUUCCGUAGCCCCAUGUCAUCUGGAGAGCAAUCUGCUACAAGACAAAGUAGUCUUUAGUUUCAGUAUAUCUUUUGACUGGGUUGACAUUUUUGUGAAAUUCCAACACAGUCAAAAUGAAUAUAAAGAUUAUAAGUAAUGAUUGAUUACGCACUUCCUUUCUAGCAUUGGGACUUCUCCACUGUAGCAUCCAGAUCUGCGUCCCAGUGAUGUCAGCAUCCAGACUGACAUCACCCGCGAUCUCCUCUAAUCCAUCGCUUCUCAUAGAGAACCAAUCGAUUGGAACAAGUUCUGCAUGGCCAAACACUGUGCUCCUCCAAUCAAAUGCUCUGCCUGGAAGAGAAGCACCUUGUUGGGAAGACAGACACUAAAAGGUGGAUUUAACCCUACAAUAUAAACAUUGCAGUUUCUAAAAAAAACUAAUAUUUUACAUUGCAUGUUUGAAAUGACAGGACCCAAACCACUUCAUUGAGUUGAAGUGAUCUGGUUGACUCUAAUGUUCCUUUAAUGAAGUGGCGCCGUAAUAUUUUUACAAAUAAAACUUCUUUAACUGGCCCAAAAAAACAUUGUGGAUGCUGAGCCAUUGACUCUGCACAAUAUCAGUUCAUAGCGUUGAAUUCCCACCUUGUUACUCAUUCCCAGUGAUUAUGCGAAGAUUGUGCCAUUGACUCUGCGCAAUAUCGGUUCAUAGCGUUGAAUUCCCACCUUGUUACUCAUUCCCAGUGAUUAUGUGAAGAUUGUUAUAUAUCUAACUGAGAGGCAGUUCCCUGCGUGAUGUGGAUUUGUUCUUUCUAUUGAAUUACAAUUUUAGGUUUGCUUUGAACCAACAUGCACCGCAUGCUAAGUCCCAACAGCUUCCGAUCUGUAUUUCUUAACUAUUCUCCACAUGACUAGAUUCUUAUAGUAUUUCUGUUUAUGCACCUGGCUAUUAUGUAGCAUAGUAACAAUAACAUGUAUAAUUACAAAAUAUGGCAGUGUUUAAAUGGAAGCCCCAGGAUUUUUGGUUUCUUUGAACACUAAAUAAAAUAAGCUAUAGAAUCAUACGGCAGCAAUAAAGAAACACACUUUUUAUUAUCACGUUAAAGGGACACUUCAGGCUGUAAUUUACCCAUUCCUAUUUAGUGCAUUAUAUAGAUAGUGAAUGUAGAAAUAUCCAAAAACAACCAACGCAAAGUUAUAUAUGAUAAAACAAGGUUUUUAAUAGAUUUGUGGCACGGAUAACUUUCAAACUUCAGUCUUUCUUGAGCUGUGUCCUCAGUGGCGGAACUACCGCUGGUGCAACCCUGUGAUUAUCAUAAUGCUGGGAGGAAGUGACAGCAGGUCACUUCCUGUUACUAUCAGAGAGAGCCAAGCAGAAAGAAGGGGAGGAGCAAAGAGAGCCAGCUAGCAGAUACAAUCAGAACAGAAGUGUCCAGGGCUUGUAUUUCACAUGUCCACUUUCUAUGAAAGAACUCAACUAAACUGUGACUCUCAUAAACGUUUGCUGUGCUACUAAGUGGCAUGUACAACAGUAUAAUUAGAUAAAAGCAUUGCAUAGGAGGGAGGGGCAGGCAGGGUGGACCUGUGUCAUCAUGCACCUCUCUGUACAUGCAAAUAUACAGCCAAUUAUUUAGUCCAAAAGACCAUAAAAUGCAUAAAAGUUGUUUUAGUGCCUGGAAUUUCCCUUUAAACCUACAUUUUCUGCAGAUUUGGUUUAGCUAAUAUAGAACAGCAUUUAGUACCCAGUACCCCAAACACAAUGCAGACUGCUGUUUACAUUAUGAUUGACUGUAUGCAUUCAUCCAUAAAGGAACACUAUAGGGUCAGAAAUGCAAACGUGUAUUCUGACCCUGUAGUGUUAAACCUUAAAAGGGCCAUAAAUGUACCUUUAUUCCAACGUCGCGUGGUUAAGCUGGCACUGGUUUGGCCUUGAUCCGCCCCUUUGGCUGAGAUCAUCAGAAUUAACUAUCUCAUCCAAUCCAAUGCUUUCAUGUGGGAAAGCAUUGGAUUGGCGGAGUUUGUCAAUUCUGAUUAUCUCAGCCAAGGAGGCAGAGGGUGGCUGCAUAUCCUCGUAGAAAUUAAUUGAGUCAGUGCAUCUCUAUAAGGAACUUCAGCGCCUCUAUGCAGAGUGAUGCACCUCUAAUGGCCGUUUAAGUGACCAUAGGUCAGAGGGCAGUAAUGUAAACAUUGCCUUUUUUUUUUUAAAGGCAGUGUUUACAUGAAAAUGCCUGCAGGGAUUGACUAUAUUCACCAAAACAACUGCAUUAAGCUGUACUUGUUCUGUUAACUAUAGUGUCCCUUUAACCUUUAUUAGUUCAGUAUCUCCUUCCUCGGGUACUAUAUAUUUUCUUGUUCGGCACAAUGUGUAAUAAUAUAAUUAUCUGUAACAGCUGCCUCAAUUUAAUUCUUUUGGAUAAGCUUUUCAAAUUAUCACAAUCUAUUAGAAAAAAAAAAACUAGUGAAAGCAAAAUAUAUAUUUCCUGAGAAAAUACUUUCAGGGUUAUUCACUGAAGUAUGAACUAUCAAGAAAUCAUACUUACUUUUAAAUUUUAGGCCUCAAUCUGAACUGGAGGCAUUCUCCCGAGUCGGCUAUGUUUUUGGAUUAGUUGUGUGAAAAAUCCUACAAUUUGAAAUUCACUUUCAAUUCCUGACAACGUUUACACCGUUGUGAAUAGCCCUAUAUGAUAUUCAUUUAUAUCUUAGGACAUUGAAGGAUAUACUCUUUGUGAACAGUUAAAGCGGCUCUGUCAUUUACACGUAUGCAUGUCAUUUGAUGCAUAGGCGAUUUUCAACGUUUUAUUCAGUGGGGGGAUUCCUUAAAUCCUCACACAAUAAUCACAUCUCUAAAUGUAUUAUUGUUAUAUUGUAUGAAAAUAACAUUAGUAAUAUGGAGAGGUUGGUUUAAACAGAAUUCUGAAAAGGAUUUUUUUUAAAACAAAAAAAGAAAACAUUUACUUUUAUCUAUGUUUCUUUGCAUUGUUUUCUGGUUGUCAGCAUCUUGUGAGUGUUUGUGAAUGGUAACAUGCGCAGUAAUCUCUGUUUACACUUUAUCAUUUCUUCUUUCUUUGCAGCACAAAAACAGUUGAGAAACUUGAAGUAGAUCCUAAGGCCUAUUCAUUUCCUGACUUGGCUAAUAUUGUCAAAGAAAGGAGCUCUGCACCACAGGGGCCACUACAGUUACAGACCGGCAUGCCAAAAGUCAUCGAAAAUAAUGAAUACUUUAUAGAUGACCCUGAUGUCCCCCCUCUCAUAUGAAGACUAGGUAGCCUCAAAUAUAAAGUUCUGUUCAACACAGAACUGUAAGAUCUUAACAAUAUCUGCCACAAAGUGAGCUACACAAAGCAUUUGUAUAAAUAUUAGAUUAGAGUCAACAAAUUAAAGAUCUGUGUAAAUAAAAUAUGACUUCUUCAUUCAUUAUAAAAUAUUCAUAAUUGUCUUUAAUCUGUUUAUUCAAUGCAUUCAACAUGAUAAUUACUGAAAUGGAAAGAAUAGUUUGUGUUUCAUAAGCUCUGUUUGAAUUGCCCCUGUGUAUUACUAUUCAGCAAAAAGUGGGCUAAUUUAAUUUCUUGAAAUUCUACCUUGAAUAGAUAAAAUUAUUCUCAUGUAUUGUUAUGCAUAGACAAGAACAAACUAUAAAAUAAACUUAUUUCAUACCUGCA